GGGAAGCUCAACCCAUUUCCGGAUCUUCCUAAAAUAAAGCUCAACAAUUUUGGAGUCUUCCUAAAAAAGCUUUUUAUUCCCUUUCAAUCCAUGUGGAGAAAUCACACAGAACCAGAUCUAAGUCCUAUUCAUGCAACAUAUUUUUUUUUACUUUUUGAAAAAUGGCUUCAAUACAUAACAAAGUACUUCAUUGAAAUCUAGCUAACUUGGCAUCAGAUCAGCGGAAUUCAAACACCAUCCAAUCUCUACUUCUCCUCUGCCGCGUCCCAGUGACACCCCUGCCAGUUUUCUAUACGAGUCCGCGGCUCCGGAUCACCGGGAUCCUUCUGUAUCCAAGCCCCGCCGCCCACUUCUUUUCUCCCCGCCUGCAGCCGCACCAAACCACGUGCGCCCCAGGAUGGUAAACAACACGGAGGCGGGGCUCGACGGAGAGCCGCUUCUCGAUUGGUCUUCUCCUCCCCGCUGCCCAAUGAGGCGAAGGGAAGGGGUGGGCCUCUUCUCGGGCCGCCGCUUCUAAACAGAAGGCGAGAGUUUCGAGACGCUCCCUUCGCCGAGCGCCGCUUGCGCCCUGGGGGAGACAAAGCGGAGCGUGAGCGGCCGAGGCGGCGCCGCAGCUCUCAGGGACCGUCGGCUAAUUCUGAGCCGGAAGUCGGGCUGCCUGGCCGGCUUCAUGGCGCGCUGGGGCGGCGGCGCCUCGUCCAAGGGCCCCGCGAGGGCCGCGGAAAGAGAAGGGAAAGGCGGCGAGAAGGCCUCGUCCGAGAGGCGGAGGCUGAAGGAGGCGGUGGCUGAGCGGCUGAGGCAGGAUGUGGAAAGGUAGGAGGAGGAGACCCCAACAUGGGCGAGCGCUUUCUUUUAGGAUACCGCCCAAAUGGUUGAGCUUAUUUUGAGGAAACCAUCGGGAUUAUUGAGCGUUUUUUUUUAUUUAUAAGGAAAACCCCCAAAUUGUGGAGAUUCUUUGUAGGAAGGCCCCCAAUUUGUGGAGACUUUUCUUUUAGGAAGACCCCACAGUUGUUGAAUUCUUCUUUACAAAAACACUUGAUUGACUUGCCUAUGAUCAAGAACAAAGGGCCACCUUUUGGAAAUAACCCCCCCCCAUGUCAAUUCCACGUUUGAAAUGCCAGUACUCUUAGGAAAAUCCAGACGUGUGUCAGCCCUAGACUUGGUACAAGAAAGUGGGGAGGGGGUCACAUGCACUCACCUUCAGGCCAAUCUGCAGGAUGUUCUUAGCAUCACUAAACCCCGGCGUGGCUCUUCCCAUGUGCAGGUUGCUUAGGAGAGGGGCAUGUGGGAAGCAACAGCACAGGCAGUCCCAACAUGCACAUGACCCCCCCCCCCCGUGUGGCGCCUGCUAGUUUUGCCACCCCCACCCCAUUUUCUUCAUAAAUCACCCAAGGUGUUUGUAAUGCACGAAUAGAACCACUGAAGUAUAAAAGCACUGCGAUUUCUCCAUUAUAAUAUAAAGUAAGCAAAUAAACUGUUAUUAGUGCAAUUAUCUGAGCUUUUUUAUGGAGACUACCAGGCAUAGGUGCCUGAGCACCCACAAAAUUCCCCAUGAAGGGGCCAGGCAACCAAAAAUUUUGGUGCCAGGGCCAUGUACGCAGCCCUGUGCACACAACCCUUUUACCAAGGUGUGGCGAUCACUCAGGGUCCCUGGACAUUUCAACAUCUAUUGAUCACUGUACCACCACCCAAGCCCUACCUGGUACAAUACUGAGUCCAGUCAGGGUUAAAUUGGAACAUAAACUUCUGUUUAUUUAUUGCAGUUUAACAAGUGUGUGGUUUCAUAAACAGUAUCGGUCAAUUACAAUCAUGGGGUGCCUAUCCAGACCUAUAACUUCCGCUACCUGCUCUCACUCACUAAACCACCUCUCAGAUAUUUACUUGUCUUCCUAGCUCCUAACUGUUCCUGACUCAGGUUAUUUCACUACACUAACUCAACCUACCCACAGACUCUAUCCCAAUUCACUCCCACUCCAACCAACCACCCAACUCCCAAGGAACUCCUCCCUUCGCCCCUCCCAGAGCUGGUUUUAUAGUCCCUCUGACUCCACCCCCUGGGUUCUGAUUGAGUAACCUGUUUAACUAUUUCACCUCCAGCACUCUCAUAUGUUAACGUCACACGGGGUUGCUUAUUAAUCAUGCAAUUUUAGAGUUGGAAGGUAUCAUGAGAGUCAUCUAGUCCAACUCCCUUCGACGCAGGAAUCUCUUGCUUAACGUGGCGUUUCAAACUCAUGAUUCCGAGAUUAAGAGCCUCAUAUGCUAUCGUCUGAGCUAUUCCAGCUGAUGGAAUAAUUGUUCCUCCCUGGAGACUAAUUGCUAGGGGAUGCCCUUCUGGGACCUGUUUUUCCAUCAGUGCUUUGGAAAGAACUUUCUAUCAAGGAAGAGGUCGCUUUCCCGAGUCCUCCCUCCAAGCUUCUAAUAAUUCGCACAUAGGCACCAAACAGAUUAUCAGACUUUAUUGGCAUCUUCUCUGGCACCAGCUACAGACGUCAAAUGGCAGCCUAAUCUACAGCAUGUUCUCUCCUCCCCUCGCCAGGUUAACUCGAAGAUUUAUAGGGGCUGGGGAAUGCUGGCAGCCAGCCAGCCCCAUCACCUGCUCCCACUUCAGGAACUAAUUGCUACCACCUGCCUGAGGGGCCCCACCCAGCGAUACUUGUUUACAGAAUCACUACUUCAUGACACUUUCAUUCUCCACUCCUUGGAGAAAGUUGCAGUUUUCAAGAUUUGAGAAAAAGCAAGGGAUGGAUGCAGGCUUCAGCAUGCUCCAAGUAGGUCCACUGAAAUAAUGGGGCAUAAGUAGUUGUCACGGCUAACUUAAAUCCCAUUGGUUUCAGGGGGUCUGUUCUUGCCAUGUCUGAGCUCCUGUCUGCACGAUACAUUUAAAGCAGCAUCAUAGCACGUUAAACAGUCAUGGCUUCCCCCAAAGAAUUCUGGGAGCUGUAGGUGGUUCAGAAUUGCUUAGAGUCACUAGGAGACCCGUAUUGACCUCCCAGAGCCCCAAUUCUUAGAGUAGUUAAAUAAUCGGUUCUUCCCAGGGCACACUAGGAAUUGUGCCUCUGUGCAGAAUCUCAGCUCCCUGCCUCGCCUGCUCUCUGAAGCUACAGCUUUCCCAGUAGCUAAACAGAAAUGAAAGGUAAAGAAAGAAAGAAAUUGCAAGUCUUGGAAUAGCAAGAAGCAGGGAGAGAGAAAACACAGGAGAGGAAGUGAGUUUCGCAAUGGGCCUGGUUGUUCGUAUUAUCGAACAGCUGGAUGUGAGUCCGAUCCGGUGCUGGCGCCAGGUUUGGGGUUGCUGUUGGGCAAAAUCUCUGUGGGGGACCCUUCCAAAAGUUGCUCACUUCAUUUUCCUUCCAGUGCCCACUUGCUUGUGCCUUUUGUCAGGGUCUUGUCUGUGCAGCUGUCCUGGGGGAAAAAUAAGCAUAAAGCACUGUGGCUUGCUCUUGUCAGCUCACACAGGUGAACAGGACAGCAGGGAGGAAUAGGAGGGCACCUCCACAGGUUGGUAUGUACUGAGCAGGUGACCAGUCAUCCUGGCUGUUGGUGCCACCCCUGUUCCAGUUAAUUUCAGUGCCACCUACCAUCUGGGUAGCUGGUUAUUGGAGGAUGGCAUGUGAGCAAGCAUAGCACUUUGUUUUAGACAUCCAAGAAAGAAACAUAUUCUGAACUCCAUUUUGAGCUCAAUGUGUGAUGCUCUCUCUGUUGUGUUUCACAGGCUUCUUAAGGAAGAAAUCCAAACUGAUGUCACUUUCCAUGUUGGCGGCGCUUUCUUCCGAGCUCACAAGGGAGUGCUUCUAGCAAGAGUUCCCAGUUUUUUCUCCCAUGUUGCUGGAAGAGUGUUAAACAGUCCAAACCAUGGUGAAGUUUUGUAUCUGGAGAAUUUGGAACCCUCUGAAUUUAAAACAUUCCUGCAGUAAGUUUCCACUCUCACCUGCCCCCUUAAAAAAUGUAGUUCGAGUCAGUAUUGUGAUAGAUCUGGUGACAGUUAAGAAACUUGUUUUCAGCCUGGUAGUUUUGAUAGCAGACCAUCAGUUUGUCCAAUUAUAAUGGUUCUCUAGGCAUCAAGGAAUGAUCCUGAUACUUAGAUUGGGGAACAAGGAAUUUGGGAAGAGUGAAUUCUCCCACCCACCCCACUCUACGAUAUGUUAAAAGAAUGGUGCCCCACCUUUUUUUUUUAACACUGUAGAUAUGAACCCAUAACCAAUCAUCAACAGACCAGAAUAUAUAUUUUUGAUACGUCUGUUUCUUAAUAUUUGACAAUAUGAAAUUGGAAGGGAGGUAGCUAAAGUGGAGGUAAAAGGGGUAGCUGACAGAGUGAUGGCCAGCAAGUUGUAAGAGUGUACUUAACUGCAAGAUGACUAUGGGAUAGUCUUAGUACUCAUGAAUUAAAUGGAAAGAGGUGUGAUUUGCAUUGAGUAACAAUGGUCUGCUUUCUCCAUGAAACUGCAUUUCCUCAUGCCUACUGGCUAGUUAGAUGACUUUGUUAAAAAGGUUAUUUUUUCAUUAGAGAUGCUUCUUGUAUGUGGGAGAGAAACUCUUCUCUUUCUUAGAAUUUUAAAUGUUUUCACCAAGGAUAUAUGAAAGAACUAUAAUGUCUAUUCUACAUUUUCUGCAAACUUAUGCUCACUACUUGAGAGUAAGUGUGUGACUUGGGGAGCAACCCUAAGACCCUGGCUAUCACACAUUGUGGCAAUUAGUUCCAUAAGUAAAUUACAUACUCUGUGAGAAAGUAUUUUUCUUUUGUCUGUACCAAAUUUACCACCAAUCAAUUUUAUUGGGUGAUGUGGGCGACCUGGAGCAAGGCCUCAGUGUUUGGUCUCUGUUCCUUGUUCCAGCUCUCUCACUCCAAUGGAAGUUACUGGUUGCAUAUCCAAUAAUUUAUGCACCAUUCAUGAAUUUAUAAAAUUACUUCAAUUUGGUACCUCAGAGAGGUGGCAGAAUGCCCUUGAUCUGAGACUCUGAGGCAGUGUUAGAAACUCAGAUAUAUAAUCUAAUCGCCAAAUGGCACCUUAAACCUAAGUUACGGUUUCCACAAUGGAAUGUCUAGGCACCUUUUUUGCAGUUGAACUUCCUAUUAUUAUUACUACUACUACUAUUAUUAUUAUUAAUUUCUCUACCACUUUAUAUUUUAAAGAAAAAAAUCUCAAAAAGGUUUACAACACAUUAAAAGAUCAAAUAAAGCAACCCAGAAUAAAACAAAUGCUAGCUUCCAGGAAACUCUUCAGAACCUUCUUUAAGUGACAUUUGGCUUUCCUCAGAUUUAUUUACCUAGUGCCCCAUAGCAGAAGAAAUAUAGGAAGUCAGCGUGGUGUAGUGCUUAGAGUGUCUGACUAGGACAUGGGAGAUCAGGGUUCAAAUUUGAAGCUCACUGGGUGACCUUGGAGCCAGUCGCAACCUCUUAACCUGCCUCACAAGGUCACUGUAGAGAUUAAUUGAGGAGGAUGAGCCAUUUACUCCUUGGAGGAAAAGGUGAGAUGUAAAUGCAACAAAUAAGUAAUUCUUCUGACCUGCUUAAGGAAGCUGGAGGGGCCAGCCAGAUGGAGCGGUUAUUUGCCAACAUCCACAUGGUCCCAAAUGGACCAGCACCUGGUGCCUGGCUAAUUUCUGAGGUUGUCAGAGGGUGGUUUAGCUCGUCCUGAGGUUGUCUGCAAGUGUGCACCUUUAUUUUGCUCCAAACAAGUGAAUGGUUCCAAUUUACAGGUGUGUAAAGCCCGCCAGUGUUGGGGAUGCUAGAAUCCUCCUGGGGUUCCUAAGUGUCUUUGCACAAAUCCAACACCUAGGAGAGCUCAUUACAAUAUAGAGGCUCCCUUUGUGGCUGUGCUGAAUGUUACACUCGUCAUCAAGACUGGGUAAUUUUGUCAAAAUCAAGACACGUUCUUAGAUAAUUUUCUGGUUCUUUAAUCCUCUCCUUUAGAGGAUUGGUGUUCCUCACAGGAUGCAGGGCAGGUCAUUUUUUAUGUGGCCCAGGAGCCAAUUGCUACAUGAAAUGCGCGAGAAGCGGGAUUGAUGCUUUUAUUGCUCUUGCUGAGUGGGAGUCUCUUCUGUGAACAGGUUUCUUCAACUGAGGUUAAGUGACAUGGCCGCUGAGAGCCUGUGGUAUAUUGGAGAACUGCAUAUUAGACAUUCCCUUUGUAAUGUAUAGAGUGAGCAGCAUAUUGCUUAAUUAAAUGUGAUCUUCAGGCCUACAGGGAAGAGGCUAUGCUAAUUCAAGCUACUUUUUAGAACAGACAUCCUACUUUUACAGAGAUUCCCAGGGAAUACCACAGUUUUUGAUUACCAGAUAUUAUUAUUAUUAUUUGCCCAUAUUUAGAUGGGGCAAAACAGUAGUUACAUCAGCUUUACAGGUUAGAGGUAGAAGACCGUGAAUUCCUAUUUUAAUUUUAACCACCCUGCUGUAAUUAUUCCCCGUUUCCCACUUAAAAAUAAAAUAAAAUCCAUUCCAUUUCUUACCCUUCUGUCUUGUAAACUUGACAGUGUUCUGGUUUUUAAUAGGACCUGUGCAAAUCUAAGUGUGAAUGCCAUUGGCCGUGCCACCAAUUAAAAAGGAGAAAUGCUGUUCUCACUGUACGUACAGCUUGACAAGUAAAAGAUUUUUGUCAAUUCCAAUUAGCAGCUGCAUAAUUAAAUGAAUUGGCGCAAUGCAGGAAACUUUGGAAAAAAUAGAGCAAUGGAAUUUUUACUCUUCCCAACAGACAGCAAAAGCAAAGGUUUGCAUUACAGCUGUGUGUGUGAAAAUAAUUUCCCCCUGUAUUCUGAAAUACAAAUAUGCAAAAGCUUCCCAGAGAACUUUAAUAAGGAAAAAACAAUAGAUUGACAGGACUAUCGUUCAAAUUUAGCAUUCCAAUAUAUGUAGCAAAUAAGCUUAUUUAUCACUAAAAAGAAUCUCUUGUGAAUAUGUCUCCUUUCAGCUGAAUGAAAAUAAUUUUCAGUAUAUUUGCCAUCUGUCUCAGUUUGACAGGCAGUUUAUCAGGAGCAGGUACUCAGUUGGUUUUCAAUAUUUGGAAACCAGUGUUUUUGCUGUGGUUAUUAGCAAAGAGUUCUGUUUUGGUUCUUUGUACCAAGCCUCUGGUAUUAGAAUGAAGAGGCAGGAUUUUGAAAUGUGUGAGACUUUGGAUUUGCAUUUUAUCCACAUUGGAGAAAUUUGCAGGUGUAAAAUGAUGUAUUCUUCCCAACAAUUAAAUUUUCCCUCUUUGAGAAAUAGAGAGGUCUUGCUAACAUUGCCAAGUCAUGCAGGAUAUUUUUUACACAUCUGGAACUGAAUCCUGAGUUCCAUUGGCUUUUAUCACAGGAGUACUGCAGUGCAGCAAAAACAGCUGUGGUCAGAAACUAUACUACUGUACUAGGAUUUGCACAAGAAAACUAGUAAUAUGUGGUUAUGCAAAUAUUUGCCAGUCUAGGCUAUGAUCCUUAUCAACACUCUAACGUUAACAGAAAUUGUAAAUGUUGGUAAUGCUGUACGGUCUGAUUAUAUUGUUAAGUUAGUCCAGUUUGGUUGAAAUUGAUUUCAGUCUAUUUCUACAGUUUACUUUUGUGACUCGGAGUCUUUAAGCGUAAUUGAAUUUCCUUAUCGCUAUCUGUAGCUUGCGAAAUGAAACAAAAUCUAUAUGUGGAAAUAAGGAUUUUUAUCAGUUUCAGCAGCUAUUAGAGGCAGUAAUCCUAUUUCUGGAUUUUUAAUUUAUUUUGGGGGCGAGGGGGUAUCUUCUAUUUCAUCCUUGUGUCCUUCAGUAAAAAAAAAUGUAUUUAAAGCUUUGUUUUUCAAACGCCUGACUUAUUUUAAUUCUUCUUUGAAAGCAGUUCUUUUAUUCUGUCUUAAUUGUUUUCCCAUUCUUCAAAUGUUCAGGAAGAUAAAGCUUACGAUUCAGUCCUACAUAUGCCUACUCAGCAUGGUAUGUAGGAUUGCAGCCUUAAUUUCAAAUUUGACAUUUUUAGUGAAAAAAGUUUGCAGUUGGAGCCUCAUUACCCCGUAUAAUCAACAUCACCCAAACCUCAAAUCCAACUUACCGUCUUUUUCGCUCUAUAGGACGCACUUUUUCCCCUCCAAAAAUUAAGGGGAAAUGUGUGUGGUUCCUAUAGAGCGAAUGCAGGCUCCUUGGCUUCAGCGAUAGCAACGCGAAGCCUCCGAAGCGCAGAGGGAGUGCUCCCUCCACACUCCGGAGGAUUCGUGUUGCUUUCCCUGAAGCCUGGAGAGCGAGAGGGAUUGGUGUGCACCAACCCCUCUCGCUCUCCAGGCUUCAGGGAUAGCCGCCUGAAGACUCUCCUGGCUUCAGCGAAAGGAACCUGAAGCCUCCGGAGUGCAGCGGGAACUUGCGCUGCGCUCUGAAGACUUCAGGGAUAACCACCUGAAGCCUCUGGAGCGCAGCGGGAGGUCCUGCUUCGCUCCGGAGGCUUCGGGUCCCUUUUGCUGAAGCCGGGAGAGCAAGACUCUCCUGGCUUCAGCAGAGAGGGAGAGCUGCGCAGCGCCCCUUCAGCCAAGCGGGAGGACAAAUGGAAGGGGCUCCGUUUCUCCUGCCGCUUCGCUGAAGGGGCGCUGAGCAGAGAGGGGGAGAAUAUUUUUUUCUUGUUCUCCACCUCUAAAACAAGGUGCGUCCUAUGGUCGGGUGCGUCCUAUAGAGCAAAAAAUACGGUGGUACUUUGAGUCUCUAAUGGGCUUUGUCUAUUGCUGGUGUCCUCUUGUUAUAAAUACAGUGGUACCUCGGGUUACAGAUGCUGCAGGUUACAGACUCCGCUAACCCAGAAAUAGUACCUUGGGUUAAGAACUUUGUUUCAGGAUGGAUGAGAACAGAAAUCGCAUGGCAGCAGCACGGCGGCAGCAGGAAGCCCCAUUAGCUAAAGUGGUACCUCAGGUUAAGAACAGUUUCAGGUUAAGAACGGACCUGCAGAACGAAUUAAGUUCUUAACCCGAGGUACCACUGUACCAGUUCCUGACAACAGAUUGUUCCUGUCCAUUUAAACUUCUGGUUAUCAUCAAGUUUCUUGGUAGAUUCACAAGGUAUUUAAAUAAAUCCUUUAUUUGCACAGUGCUGACUUCAAUAACAGCCCAAGAACUCCCUUUAUCCAGAGCUGCUGGUCACUGGCGACAGCCUCUUGUUACUCUUUCCUACCCAUUGUACCCCUUCACCAGCCACUGAAUAGCUCCAUUGGUUAGAGUGUGGUGCUGAUAAUGCCAAGGCUGCAGGUCCGAUCCCCAUAUGGGACAGCUGUGUAUUCUUUCAGGGGGUUGGAUGAGAUGAUCCUCAGGGUCUCUUCCAUCUCUACGGUUCUAUGAUUCUGUUUGGGACAGGUUGGUCUGACUGAGGAACCGAGACAGAAUCAUCUGCUUUAGAGCCUUACAGUAGCAGCCCGUGUGAUGGGGCACAACUGCCUUCCAAACAGGGCUGUCCCUGCUGCUUGCCUGGGUGUGCAUGUUCAGGUGGCGGGAGCACUGGGUUGGUUCUGCUAGUGCAGCUGCACAGUCCCAAUGUUGCUGCUCCAUCUGGGUGAUCUGCAGUGAUCAGGAGCGCAGCUCAGCCUCACCAUGUGUGCUGCUCCUAGGACCUACAGUUGUACCUCGGGUUAAGAACUUAAUUCGUUCCGGAGGUCCGUUCUUAACCUGAAACUGUUCUUAACCUGAGACACCACUUUAGCUAAUGGGGCCUCCCGCUGCCGCCACACCGCCGGAACACGAUUUCUGUUCUCAUCUUGAAGCAAAGUUCUUAACCCGAGGUACUAUUUCUGAGUUAGCGGAGUCUGUAACCUGAAGAGUCUGUAACCCGAGGUACCACUGUAUUAUUAUUAUUGCUAUUGUUAUUAUUAUUAUUAUUUAUUCAUUUAAUUUCUAUAUUGCUUUAUAUUUUUAAGAAAAAAAAUCUCAAAGUGGGUUACAACACAUUAAAAUAUCAAAGGAACCAAGCCGCAAUAAAACAAAGUCAAAUAUAAAGUAUACAGUCAAGGCAACAUAAUUAAUAGUAAAAACAAAAACAUUAUCUUAAAGAUUUCAAAAUAAAACAUUACAAAGGAUGUCAACUAUAGAAUAUGUAUCUUAUGCAUACAAAGUUAACAAACAAAAAAAUCUUAAACAUUUCAUUUAAAAAAAAACUUUUAUUUAUGCAGUUUUAGCAGCUUUUAUACACACAUUGUACAGUAUCCAUCACUCCUCUUUUUGGAAGACUUCCCAAUCCAUCUCUCUGUGGCAUUCUAUGGAAAUCUUGAUCUGCCGCAUAUUCUAAUAUUUCACCCAUUAUCAUCUCAUGUCUUCCUUUUUUGUUAUCUGCUGCUCAUAGGUUAACUCGUACUUAUAAGUUAAAUUAUAUAUUGUACCCUCUUAAGAUAAUUUCCAAAACACCUCCACUCCUCUUUAAAUUCUCCUUAUUCCUUAGUUUUCAUGAUCAUGGUUACUAAUUCUAUGUAUUCGAUCAAUUUGUUUGGCCAAGUUUCCUUCGUGGGUAUCUCCUCUUCUUUCCAUUUUUCCGUAUAUACUAUUCUAGCUGCAGCAGUCGCACACAGAAAGACAUUGAGUGCCUUUUUUGGAAUGUCAUUGCCUAUCAUCCCUAUGAGAAAGGCCUCUGGUCUUUUGGGAAAUGUGUGUUUUAUGAUCAUUUCCCAAUACUCUCUAGCAUGUUUACACGACCACCACAAAUCAGCUUUAAUAUUCAAUAUCGGUAUCAAUCUUUAUUUUGGUCACAGACCAGCGUAAGAUAAAAGCAUAUGGACAAACUGAACACAUCAGACUUAAAGCAGGUAAGGGGUAAAAACUAAUCAUCUUAAACAUUUCAAAAGGAAACAUUGCUAAAUAAAUAUAAAAUGCAAAUAAUUUAAAACGGCAUAAUUACCAAGAGAAUAAAAUACUAUCAUAAGCGUAGAACACAUCUGCUGCUGUUGCUGCCAGUCCUGCCAAUGGUAGUUCAUGGUGGCUGGUGGCUAUAGAAGCUCAGGCUUGGUGGCCUGGGUCUGUGCUAAGAAACAACCAAUAUAUAUUGGUUGCAUAUUGAUAUUGGCUCCAAUGUGUCACCUGACCUCCACGGAGCAGAAAGCAAUAAUACCGUCUACAGUGCUGCUGCUUUUUUUUCUAGAAAAAGAGGUGCAGGAACUCCCACCUUUUGGAACAGACAACCCAACGUUGUUGAGCUUUUGUGUUUUUAGACAGUCUUUUUCCUUAUAAAAGCAAGCUGUCAGGGAACUGACAUCGGAGCUAGAGGUGGAGGGGAGGCUCUCAAAUGAUGCUGGAGAAGGGCCCAGCAGGAAGAGAGGCAGCUCAGCAGAUGGGGAAGCAAAUCAGCGCAACACCAGGGAUAAGGAGGGGCAGAUGGGGGAAUCGGAGAGAGGGCUCCCAGACUCUUCACUGGACACCAGCGGGGAGAGCACUGGUCCUCCGCUACCCACGCCCUCCCUGCUCAGAAGACUUCCGCGCAGAGAAAGUAGGAGGAGACUGGGUGUCAAACAACUUUUAUGUUGGAAAAGGUUUAAGAAACACCCACUGACGGAUUCUGCCAGCGACUGAGGCAGCCACAAAUUGAAGGGCUGUCCAGACAGAAAGGUUUAACAAGGCAACAUAGCCAGGAGAGGCGGCAACUUACGCACGAGCAAUCUCAUACCAUUAUACAAGCCUUUGUCCAUGUAUGAAUUUUCUGAAAGGCAGGACUUCUGCAGGAUUUUUUUUUGCGUUAGUAGCUGCUAUCGGGAAUUGGUCUGCUCUAAGAGAGUGAAGGCGACAUGGGUUGUUUUCCACAACACAGCAUCUUGCUCCCAAUGUGCUUCAGUUGUUGUGAGAUCGGUGAGUGCUGCCUCCCGUGGCUAGGUCAAUGCAGCAGGGAAUACGGCAGCGUUCUUGGGCAGAUAGAGAGAACUCCACAAAUAUUAAACAUUUAUUAACCUGGCCAAUUAUAAUAGAUUGAAACGUACGGAGAACUCUCCCUACUUCAAAAAGCACAGAAGCUUCCGAGUUGCAUUAAAAUACAGAGCAUGAGUACAUAGUCUGCCUGCUUUCUCAAUUCUGUAUUUCUGUCCUCCUCUUUAUAUAGACAUUUCAGCUUCCUGUCUCGAGCAGCUUCAGAAUGGCUGGUAUCGUUUAGCUUGUUUACUGCUAAGGCUGUCAUUCCUUUUAGCUUCUGUUCUACAUGCUAUUUUUAAAGUUAUUGUUUGUUUGUAAUGGAAAAAUUCAAAGUGAUGUGUACCUUGUCUCCGAAUGAAGGGGCAUGGAAGUCUUAAUGCUGUUUUGUUUUCCUCCUGCUCCAUAAUAGAGAUGUGUAGUGUAGCUCUCAGUCUAGCAGAUCCAGAAGAAAUUCUAGGAUCAGCUAUUUUGUGUAUGUGGAAGGUCCAUAAGCACAGGAUUGGAUCAUAGGGCCAUUUAACACAGCAUUCUCUUUCCUGCAGAGGCCAAUCGGAUGCCUCUGUGGGGCACAGAAAACCAACAACUCUCCCAUCUUGUUAUUCACUUCUCCCACCUGCAGUAAUUGGUAUUUACUGCCACCUUUUGCUUCAUCUGCCCAACACUGUCCAUUGGGCUUGCGCAAGCCAGACUUGCCCUGCUAAUAUGCACUAUGCUGGUGAACCAUUCCUUAACGUUGUCAUCUCCUAGUGUCACUUUCAUGGCUAAAUUUCCUCUACGUGCUUACCAGGUCUGCUGCUAGGAGUCUUCAGUCUGCAGACAGCAGAAGUUACGCUCCAUGGAUUCCAUGCUGCACCUUCUGCAGAGAGGGACUACCAUGUCAAAAGCUACCAUGUCUUGCUGCAAAUGUUCUGUAACCAUGUAAGACAGGGGUCGGCAAAGUUUCUGUGGCUUGGGCUGGUUCACAGUCCCGCAGACGCUGCAGUGGGCCAGAGUGCGCAUGCACAUGCAUGCGCAAACGCUAUUUCCGGCACGGAGGAGGCGUGUGCAGCUUCCCAUUGGCUGCAGGAGCUUCCUGCAGCCAAUGGGAAACCAGCCAGCAUCGCAGAAGGCAGUCCCCACUCUGCUCUGCGCCAGUUUAGUGCGGUGCAUGGGAACCGGGCAACGGGGUCCCCGAGUGGGCAGUGGGGGUCCAUGGGCCGGUUAAACGACUCCCAUUGGCCGCUUGUGGCCCAUGGGCCUUAGGUUGCCGACCCCUGAUGUAAGAGAUCUCUAAGCUGCCUGUUAUAUUAGCUGGGGCAAGUAUAUGAAAGAAGGGUCAUUCUGGCAGGAGCAGACUUUGGUAAUCUUUCGUAAUAUGGCGCUCUGUACAAAGCCAAAAUUUGACACUCUCAAAAGGAUCUCUUCAAUUAUGGAUCUUCUCAAAUUUGCACCCCCUUGGCUGGGCCCCUCCAUGCAGGGGAACCUCCCCCCCCCACAUCACCCUAAAUCCGGCGUUGAUUCCGGACUGUUUAUUGUUAUUCUUUCAUUAUUUCUAAUGAAACCUUAGUUAAUAAUCCUGUGCUCUUAACUGGAGGAGAUUCUCUGUAAUCUUGUCUCAUCCCACGUUUACGCCUUUUGUCUUUUUGGCCUAGUUGCUGCAAAAGUAUGUGUUUAACUUGAGGUGGAUAGGAUAGUCAGAGAUGGAAAGUUGGCAGCAUUUCGUUGACCAUCUCUUCCCGAUUAUGAAAUGCUGUUCCCCAGAGAAGCUUACCUGCUGCCAAGAAUGAUGUAUUUUUAGUGCCACAUUAAAUUGACUUUAGAUUCUUAGGGUCUGUUAGUUUUUAUGCUUUAUUUAUAUUCAGUUUCUUGCUGAACUGCUGGUGUGUGUGUGUGUUUUUAACAGGAUCUUUGGAGAGUGUUAAAUAUUGUUUCUAUAGGUUUCACUAAGUCUUUGUACGGAACAGCAGGGGAAGGGAACAGUGAGAUGCACUGCUGUUUUAACCCAAGAGGCCUGAGGUAGCCAACAUGGAAUCUUUUAGGUGUUGUUGGAUUCCAACUCACAUCAGCCCCAGUCAGCAUGGCCGGUGGUCAGGGAUGAUGGGAAUUGUAGUCCAACAACAUCUGGAGGGCACUGUGUUGCAACAGUUGGUAGCUUUUGCAUCAUAUGUGUCUUUUAGGGUGAAUGGGCAGCUCUUUUCUCCCCAGAUUUACUAAUCUGCUCCAGGUAUUGGGAUAAACUGCAAGGUGCUUUGUUUGUUUUUUUAGAGAUGGAGACAGCUUGUCAAAUGUGCGUGGAGAAGUGCAAAGAAGAGAAAUGGGUGUUUGAUUCAGAGGCAAAUGCACGUGUCAUUUGGGGGGUAGUGACUGGGGGAGGCUGAGUUCACAAAAACAUGGCACUGACCCCCUAUUUAAAGGUGCCUCUGUAUGCUCCCAGGAGUUUCGGGGUGAUCUUACAGAAAACCUGCAUCUUGUCUUUUUCUGCAGAAUGAUUUGUAAUUCAAGGCAUGUGGGUAAAUAGUGAUUUAAAUAAAAAAGAAGGUUGACCCCAGUGUCUUUAGGUAGAGCAUGGGACAGAGUCAGACCUGCUUUCCCAAAGCUGUUUCAAUUCCCAUGGGCCAAACACAACUCCAGAAUCCAAAGAGAUGUAUGUGAUGCUGCUUCUCCUCCCUCUUCCAGCAAGAAGCAUUCCAGUUGGAAGGAAAUGGACUUUGUUCUUCCCUUCCCCAAAUGCUGUACUUUCCCCCAUAAGAAUGAACAGCAGCUGUUCAAUCUAUGGGAGGAAGUUAUGGGGUGCCCUUGGGGGACUUAGUCUGUUGAAUAAACCUGUGCCCCUUGGGCAAUGAGAAUCAAACUUGGACUUGUCCUCACAGCUUGCAAUCAGUUUAUUGGUCAUGCUAGAGUGUGACAGAAUAUGUAGAAAUGACUAUUUCUCCUUUCCUGCAUAGGCCAAAGUCAUUAUUUGUUUAUUGCGUUGUUGGAAAGCCUGUCAACCCCACAAGUGAUGAUCAAGAUUUUAGCAGUCCAGUCAGCGUACUCUCCCAAAGGGGAGAAGAAUUUUGCAACCUUAAUUUAGAUGACUGUCUGAUAACGGAGUGUUACAGCUUCCAGGCAGGAAGAUUAUCUUGUAUUUUCCUGGAAUUAUUAUAAAUUGACUAAUAAAUACAGACAAGUUUCAUCUGAUUGCAGUGCACAGUUUAGAAUGUCUGUCUGGAGGUUGUUUUCAGAACAGAUUUGGACAAGAGUGUUUAUGCCUUAAAGGGCACAGCAUACUCUUUAACACUCCAUAAAUUCAUGCAUAUUGCCAAGCAAGUCUUUCAAGGAAAUAGUUAUCUGGAAGUCUUCCCCCCAAAAACUAGCCUGCGUUAUUUAGCUACUCAGAGGCAAUCCUGUUUUUCUUGUUUUUUAAACACCCUUGCCCUUUAUGGCUUUCUUGAAGGUUGCAUGACACUUUCGUCUGUCUUGUUGUAAAAGACUUUGAGAACUGAUGAGGCUGUUUUUGUUAUUGUUGGCAGUAAAUGAACACUUUAGAGGGGAAAACCAGGAAGUGAUCCAAAGGGCUGCUCAUUCUAAGUCUACAUCACAGGAUCUUCAAGUUAUAAUCUGGCAUGUUUGGGUCGUGCUUUUUUUCCUGUGCAUAUCCCCAUGCAGCUGUAUUUUAUGUACAUCUUCUCUCGCUAGGUCUGCUUGAAUCUGAUUAUGCUGGGAUAAUGUGGUUCUCUAUCAGAUGCACGGUUGCGAGUUUGCUUUUUAAAUAGGCCAGAAAGUAACACAGGGGGGGAAAGCAAACAAAAAAACCUCAGAGAGGUUAGGCUGGCCUCAACUAGAGCCAGGGCUUUCUCGGCUGCGGCUCCAAUCUGGUGGAACGCUCUGUCACAAGAGACUAGGGCCCUGCGGGACCUGACAUCUUUCCGCAAGGCCUGCAAGACAGAGUUGUUCCACCAGGCCUUUGGUCAGGGCCCAGCCUGACUCCCACCUCCGGCAACCUACACAGAACUUUGCUCAACGGUUGCCAUUAAUUUGAUUUUAAUUAAUUUUUAUAAUGAAAUGUUCUAGAAUGUUGGACUAUUUAAUUGUUUGAUUAUUUAUUUGUUGUUAGCCGCCCUGAGCCUGGCUUUGGCUGGGGAGGGCGGGAUAUAAAUAAAAUUUAUUAUUAUUAUUAUUAUUAUAGUUGUAGCAUAAUCUCUGUUGCAUGCAUGGGCCCUCCCUGUAGAAUAACUAGUUUUUGAAACUAUUGAAUCAUUCUAGAUGAUUGUGCAUAGGAACAUAGAAAACUGCCUUAUGCUGAGUUAGGCAAUUGGUCUAUUGAACCCAGUAUUUUUCGCAUGGUCUGGCAGUGGCUUUCCACUUUUUCAAGUGGGGAUUUCUCUCCCAGCCUUACCUGAAGAUUCUGGGAAUUAAACCUGGAACUUUUGAUCUACAGUAGCAUGGAGGUGUGGCUCUUCCCCCAUUAUCAAAUCUUCAACAACUAGUUUCUUGAUCAGCAAUUUGUUUCCUUCCUCAGCCACUUUCAGAGAGGUUGGGAACGCUGGUCUGGUCUUGAAUUGCCCAUCCUUUAAAGCUGCCUUUUUUAUUUCUAGAAUGACAACUAAGAAGCCAGAUGGCAGAAGCCUCAUGGACCAGGUUUGGUUCAGGGAUGUUGCAUUGUAAAGUACUAUUUCUCUAGCAGAUGCGCUAUUAGGAAAAUACACUUUUAAGAUGUACCUGGGAGAUAUUUUUUUCUCCUGGUUGAAUUAAUUUGCAAUAACUGCUGUUUUUAAAAUGUCUUGGAUUUUUGAGUACUCUGUAUAUUAAAAUAUAAUUAGGUUUUAGUGUUUGGCACAGCCUCACUUACCGAAAUGAUUGAGAUGGAGGGCAAGUAAAGCAAUGUAUUGUGGUAUUAUUAGAUUUCAAUUGUAGGGCAGGGUUCUGUUUUGCUAUUUGUUUUGGACAACUACUUAAGGAUAGGCACCAUUAACUUCAUGAGAUUUGGUAGUCAAAACCACAUUUUGAAUUAUGCAGUGCGUAAAACUUUCUAUGAAGUCUGAUCCUUUGUGGGCGUCCUCAGAGGCAAGUCCCAUUGAAGUCAGUGGGACUCCCUUCCAAAUAUAUGUGCAUGGGAUUACAGCCUGACUCUCUCUUCCUAGGGUCGUGUAUUCAUCCGGAAACGUCAAAGAGUCUGAGCAAGCGAUUCUCAAGAAAGAAAUAUCAAAGCCUAGCUCCACAAAGGAACAUGAAAGUGUGGACGUCAGCAAUCUGCUGAAUGGUGAAAUAUUCGCUGGACAGUGCCUAGAAAAUCAUGAAAGGACAUCUGGUUAUCAGUAUUCCUUAAGUGGAGCCCUAGAAACAGAAGCUGCUGCUUCCCCUUUUAUUGCAAAUGAAAUUCCUGGAGAAGAUGCUGCUGCUGCUGUUGAUGCUGAAGGCAAUGCAGUUGUGUCAGGUGAGGUUAAACCGGUGGCGUUUGGAUUUCCUUUUGUUACUUAAAUGCCAGUGUGGGUUUGUUAACCAUCUGAAACAAGGUUUGCCGUUGCUGCGCUUGCAAUGUCGAGUUUAAUAUUCUUCGCUGUAACUUGGCUCCUGAGUAAUGAGCCUUGUGCUGGUUAGACAGGACUGUAGGGAUGUGUAGCCGCAGCAACUCUUACACCCACCUAUUGUGUAAGAGCGGAGAUGCUGUAGUGCCGAGCAUUUUGUGGAGUUACGGAGUUUGCUUAAAGCAUUGUUAGCCCACUCUUCCAUUGGAAAGGUACCCUGAGGCUCACACAAGAUCAAUAAAAACAACAACCAAGGCAUAUUGUAAGCCUGCAGGCAAGAUGUAACAGUGCGGUCCUACACAUGUCUCUUCAGAAGUCCUGGUGAGUUCAUCUUUCUCCAAAGUGGGUUUAGGAUUGCAGACCAUUUCCCGGACAUGAGAACCGCCAGUACAUGCCUUUGGGCUCAAACUCCAUUUAUUGACCCUCAUCCAGCCCACAACUGUUCAGAUUAGAGCUGGGCGAUAUCUGGUUUUCAACACUGUGAUAUCACCAGCUAGGCACUGUGAUAUACCCAUAUAUCACCCUGUCUGAAAUAAGGGUGGAGCUAUGUUGAGGCAUUGGCUGGCAUCCCAGUUUUUCCUGCAUCAUGAUUUCUGUCGGUGCCUACUCUUGUGAUUCGCUGCCCCUUGCAGAAGGCAGGGGAGAACUGAGCCGGCAGAGUUACCAGGGUCUGCAGGAAUCGAGAGAAGCGUUGGCUGGCUUCGUGGUUUCCCCCACAUUGUGAUUUUCGCAUAGUGCACUCCCACACUGUGAUUCACGAUAUAUCGCCAAGUCAAAAAUUUUGAAACUGAUACCACGAUACGGACUUCAAACUGAUUUUGGACAAUAUAUGGAUAUAUUGCCCAGCCCUAGUCCAGAUCAUGGACAGCCUCCCCUGACUCAGCUGUUACAUAGAAAUAGGGCUGGAUGGCAUCAGCCCAUUGAUGACACUUUGCCCCCAAACAACUAAUGACCACACUUGGUUGCUUUAUAUUGGGAACAAGUGGUACAGCAUAGUGCAAACACUAUGGCCCUGAAACUCAUGAUCCCAAUGCUACUCUUACUGACCGGACUGUGAAUUAACAUCUCCAGGGGAUGCUUGGGGGAAAGUCUCAGGGUGUAUCCCUGUCUAUGGAAUAAACUCCCCUACAAAGUGCAGUAAGCGCCAGUGUUAACAUUUGUCAGCAACUGAAGACACACCUCUUUCCCCAUGCAUUUGGGAGGGAUUUAGAGAUGUUCAGAUGUUCAGGGAUUGAGGUUUUAGAGAUGUUCCUUUUUUAUUACCUGUUUCCUAUGUUACUGAGGCUGUAUAUUUUAUUAAUGUGAAAUUCCACAGAGCUUUUCUUUUAGGAUAUGUUUCUAUUCCAGGACCUUAUGGUGGAGGAUGGUCUCAUAACAAUUUAUUUUUCUUCGUUCCAGAUGAUUCUAAAAUAGAAACAGCAUCUUGCUUAGGAAAAGACCUAUUGAUGCUCUGCAAGAAAUCUUGGUUUUCGGAUCUUACUAUAUGGAUUGACAGAAAACAAUUUCAAGUGCACAGGUACUUCAAGAGACUAGCAUUUUUUUUAAAAAAAGAAGAAGCUUGGUGCAUUUUUGGGGUGGGUGGAACAACAUCCAGAAAUGUCUGUGGGUUGUAUCUAAUUAAGCUAUACUUGGAGUCAGUGGAGUAGACCCAUUGACAUUAAUGACUUAGGUUAGUCAUGUCCAUUAAUAUCAGUGGGACUACUUUGAGUAGGUUGCAUUGCAUACAGUUCAAUAUGUGUGAUCUUCGAUGGAGAAGAGCUAAUCUAACACUAGAUAAAACUGGCAUUGAUUUAGCAACAGUGUGUUGAGUUUUUAAAUAUUCCCCUCCUGCAAGGAAAGCUUAGUUUAGCGAGCGAGAGAAAAAGAAUACAGCUGUUUGCUCCUUAAAGCUCUUGGUCCUCAAAAUAAAUAAGCAAACGUUUUACCAGAAUAAAUCAUAUUGAAAAGAUUGCAGAGUGUUAAUAGCUGAAUUACUGUUAAGCUGCAGAUCUGCCCUCAAAAGAGGUAUUUCCUCAUUUGGAAGGAAGAUGAAAGAUCUGUGAUGGGGGAAAAUUGUGGUGUUCUGUGUUCAAAGUGGGAGAAAACCCCAGGUGCCUAAGAAUUUGAGAAAUUCUUCCAGCCUUGUUUUGUGGAUAAUGAAAAUGAAUUGUGGAUUAGCUGUUAACUGGAGGCAUUUCAGAAUGGUAGCAUUUUUCCACAUUCUGUGACAAAUCGGAUUAAAUUGCCAGGGAUCCUGGGAGAAAUAAGUAUGCAGUGAGCAGACACGCAUUAGUAGGUAAAGGGCAAAUAAUUUCAACCUUUUUUAGCAGCUUUCCUAAAAUAAAUAUUUGUAUCUAGUAGAAUAAUGUUUACUCCCCACCCCACCCCACCCUUCCCUCUCUCAGGGCCAUUUUAUGUGCCAGAUCUUGUUACUUUGCUGCUAUGCUGAAUGGGAGCUGGGCCGAAAGCUCUCAAGAGCACAUCACUCUUCAAGGGUAAGUUGUUUUGCAAGUCGUAUGGGAGCAAAGGUAGGCAAUUUAAAAUCACUGCAAAUGCGGAGCAGCCAUGCUGCAUACCAAGCAAUUCAAAUUAAUCUGUCCUGACUCUCUUAUUUGGUGCAGUAUAUUUUGAGCAACAGUCCUAAAUUUUGGCUAGUGGGAAACCUCUGUGAAUUGAGAACCUGCAUCUAUCUAUUUGCAUCAAACCGUCAACUGGAAGAGUUAAAAAUGGGAAAGUUCUUCAUUGCAAUUAAAUUCAAUGAGGAAGUAACGUCCCUUCUCUGCUUUUAGCAUGACUUGCUGACCUGUUAGAUGGGUAGUAAACAAAUUCUAAAGGCAAUGUUGGAAAGACAUUGCUGUGUCUUGCCUCCCUGGAACAAAUUCUUAAUAAUAAUAAUAAUAAUAAUAAUGAUAAUAAUAGUAAUAAUAAUAAUAAUAAUUUAUUAUUUAUACCCCGCCCAUCUGGCUGGGCUUCCCCGGCCACUCUGGGCGGCUUCCAAAAGAAUAUUAAAAUCCUAUAAUACAUCAAACAUUAAAAGCUUCCCGAAACAGGGCUGCCUUCAGAUGUCUUCUAAAAGCCUGGUAGUUGUUGUUCUCUUUGACAUCUGGUGGGAGGGUGUUCCACAGGGAAGGCGCCACUACCGAGAAGGCCCUCUGCCUGGUUCCCUGUAACUUGGCUUCUCGCAGUGAGGGAACCGCCAGAAGGCCCUCGGCGCUGGACCUCAGUGUCCGGGUAGAACGAUGGGGGUGGAGACGCUCCUUCAGAUAUACUGGACCAAGGCCGUUUAGGGCUUUAAAGGUCAGCACCAACACUUUGAAUUGUGCUCGGAAACGUACUGGGAGCCAAUGUAGGUCUUUCAAGACCGGUGUUAUGCGGUCUCUGCGGCCGCUCCCAGUCACCAGUCUAGCUGCCGCAUUCUGGAUUAGUUGUAGUUUCCAGGUCACCUUCAAAGGUAGCCCCACGUAGAGCACAUUGCAGUAAUCCAAGCGGGAGAUAACCAGAGCAUGCACCACUCUGGCGAGGCAGUCUGCAGGCAGAUAGGGCCUGCGUACCAGAUGGAGCUGGUAAACAGCUGCCCUGGACACAGAUUUGACCUGUGCCUACAAAUUCUUUGUAGGGGAACAGUUAGGGGCAGAGGUGCCAGCUUGCUAGGGUGACGGGGUUGGGCGGCGUCACACGGGUGAGCAUCAUGCUUCCGACAGCACUGAUAUGUGUCGGCACUGAUAUGAACCAUGCGUAAGGCUAAUGGGAACCCAUUUAAAACCACAAUUGCGAUGCUGGAAUAAUGGUAUCAUCUCUGGGGAGAGGUUUUUCUUGUCGCCCAUGUCUCUCCCAGCGCCCGGGGAUGUUAUUGGGGUAGGCUAUGUAUGGGGGCGCUGUAUUCCUACUAGUGCUAACGUUAUGUGUGAGACCGCUUGGCCAGUAUAUUUUUUUGAUGAGAACUUGGUACAGGGUGUCUAUCAAUUAGUGCUUGUUGGCAGGAUUGUUGCAGUCUAUAUGUAAAUUGAGAUUUCUUUUCCUAGGGAGUGGUUACCCCACUUAAAUGACGCGUUACACAAUUGCAUAUCCUGGUUUAAGGGACGCUUUAGUUAGCCUUGAAUCAGGGCUGGCAACUACUCAACCAUACUUGGGAGUUGGGGCCUGGUGCUCCAGAGAGGAGUGCAGAUUCUUGAGGCUGUUGCCCAUUUUACCUGGGAGCUGUCACUGGGCUUGUACUGGUCACUGUAGGUCUAACAGUUUAAGCAGGUUUUUGUAGCCAUUUGUACAAUAAGAGCAGCGCACAUGGCGAAUAGCAAAGCAAGCUGACUGCCUUGGUUCAUGGAUUACUUAACACUUGACUGUGGAUUAAGAAUUACGGAUUCAUAAAACUCCAAAUCUGCUUUCCUUGUCGCCUUAGAAAACGCAUUAACUGAGCAUUCCUUGUACAGGUGCUCUGACUUUUAAUUUGUGCAAUAUCAUACAGCCUUCCCUUUGAAUAAGAUCCAUCUCAGCAUAGUGAUAUUUUCCUUUGAGUAAACAUGAGGUUUGCUCUGCACAUCUGUGGGGAUAUAAAGCUGUCAUUGCACUGUGAUGACGAAGUGAAAAUAAAAACUAGCUUUCUUCUGCUCUUACAUAUGUUGAACAUGGUUCUAUAUACCUGGUGGUGUGAUGCUAGAUGCUUUUUUUCCUCAGCCGAGUCAGAUGCAUCUUAUCUGCGACAAAGCCCGUGACCGCUUUUCCUAUUGUGCUGGCUGGAAGUCAGGCAGCACCUAUAUUUCUUGACGGGGGGGUGUCUGUUUCACCAGAGUGUCUCAGAUGGAACCACAGUCUCAGUAUUUCUGAUGAUGGCGCUUAAGACCCGUUGACCAGGUUCAGCCAGAAUGCCAAAUCAUGGUUUUGUUCUAUGACAGGCAUGUCCAAUCACAAGUUGGCUGUGAUCUACCAACAUGUAUCAAAAAAUGGCAGUGAUCUACCACUGUCUGAAGUCAUUUGUUAAGUAAAUAAAUAAAUGGAUGGAUGGAUCUUUAUUUCACAGAUACAGUAGUUAUGUUUGGAUACCAUUAUGACAGAUCCAAAUAGUUACUAGGUGGACAAGUGACUAAACAAGUGAGAAAAGUCAAACUGUAUUUUUAUAUUAGUUUGCACAGAUCUGAGGAGCCAGCUUCUCCCUGUCUCUCCCCUGUCAAAGGGAGCCGCACAGCUGAUGUGGAUCCCAAUAGUGCUUGCCCGCACUAAGCCCACCUCCCCUUUUCCAGCAGCAUUGCACAGACCUCUCCCCAGCUCCCUCGCACCUCCCUCUGUCUCCCUGCGCGCGCUGCUCAGGGUUGCAUUGCUGUGGAGGCUAGCGGCGGCGGCUGCUGCUGCAUCUGAGGUUGCAGAGAAAGGCCCUGCGAUGGACCAGAAACAAUCCCACGGUCCACUCGGGGCUCGCAAUCAACGUGUUGUACAUGGCUGUUCUAUGAGAACAAGUGGAAGAAAGCUUGGGCUCACAUGACUCUUCUCUUAUGCACACAGAGUAAUUACUGUGGUGUGUCAUUGUUUUUGAACUGGCCCAGUAGGCUUCGGUGCUUGCUCCACAAAUGAGGAUUGCAAGCCCAGAUUGAAUCUGGCGCCACCGUGGCAAAUCAUCUUAUACACUGUCCUGCCCUUUUGUAGAUUUUCCUGUUGCCGUUAUAAACGUUUGAUAGUACAGUGCAUAUGGCUUAUCCUGAAAUAAUGAAAAUGCUGUUUAAGAGACCAGCUGUCAAGACAGCAGGGCUACUCGUUCGUGCUGUUUUUAUGGCUACCUCAUGUGUUUGCAUGCAGCUAGACAACUGUGUUGAUUUUUUGUCAUUUAACCCAAAAUAACUAAUUUCACUUUUAUUGAAUGCUCCUCAAACAUAUUUAACGUUGCCACAUGUUGCAGUAUGUACAGUUGUUCCCGUUUAUCACGUUGGAAGCUGUACCCCGAAAUGCAAGCUUAAUUCUCAGGAACACAGUGGGUUGCGUUCUGAGUUGCUCUUCAUUCUCAAGAGGGCUCCUUCCACUCACAGAAAGCAUUCUAAUUCAGCAGAGGUGCUGGCUGCAGGAAGCGGGUGGCGAGAGAGAUAACUUUUGCUGAUUCAUCAUGCAGUUCUGGAUGGUCCUCUGACCUUGCAGGGAAGACUUGAAAGGGCUGCAGAAGGAAUUUGGUGAAAAUUGCCUCUUCAGUGGUGCCACCCUCUGGGUGGCAUUCUAGAUCCAUGCAACCAACGCAGGUGUUUGUGUUCACUACGAUAAAAUGGUCUUUGUCCCGCUGCAAUAAAAUAUACAUUCCUCAGUACUUUUGUGUGUUCUGUAUAUUGACCCCUGACUUACUCUGUGACCCUGACAAGCAAGGUCCAGAUUAGAUUGACAAGGCAAAGGUAGUUGGAGAGGACCCUGGGUACAUCAAAUGAGUUAACAGCUGUAGAAGCUACUUGGGUGUAGGGUUCUCCCACACACAUCAUUCCUCCCCCAACCGUAAUUCCAAAAUAUUCCACGUAUGGCAACCAGUAGAAGCACCCACCAAUGUGUGUAUGCAAGGAGAUGGGGGAGAUGGAAAAUGUGAACCUAUGACUCCUGGACCACUUUUUGCAGUAGUAGACCGUGGUUUGGUAUGUGUUCUGAAUCUUCCUGUUAUGACUGUAUCUGCCUCUGAUCUUCUCUGGAGGAGCUUAGUUUUAAUCUCUUAUAAAAGGCAUUUUAAUCUGCUGAAGAUUUCUUCGGAAAGCCUUAGAAAUAAGUACAACCCCUGCCAUUUUAGUGAUGGGGAAUCUCAUAAAGAUGAUUUAAUCUUUAGAUCGCACAAUCUUAAAAGCACUUGUUCCUAAGCAGUGUUGGCACACUUGCCUGGGUGGUUAGCAAAUAAGGGGGUUGUAGCCAAGGACUAGAUUGCUAGAGCUCUUGUAAAGCUGUUCUUGUGAGAAUCCAGCUUUUCACAUUUUUAGCUGUUGGGGAAUGUGACCCAUGUAUAAUUUUAGAUUGCAUUAGUGGUAUUACUUUACCUUGAUGCGGUUUCAUUUUAUAAUAUGACAGGGCUCGGUGAACCACUUAGGGUUUAUAAAACGUGAACCACCUAUUUUAUUUCACAGAUGCUGGUGUCUGUAAUGAUUUUUCUUUCUGUUUUGCAGCUUAAACCAUGUAGAGAUGACUGUCAUUCUGCAUUUUAUCUAUGGAGGAAUUUUGGAUUUCCCAAACAAAGCAGAUGCUGGGUAUGUGUCAAGUUUUGUUAUUUUUAAUUGCAUACCAUGCCUGUUCUGCUUCCACCAUUCCACAUUAAAAUAGAAAGUAUGUCACAAAAUCUCUAAACUAAAAUGGCAAGAGUGCCAGGAAUAAUUAUUAUUGCACUAUAAUUAUGUUUGAAGUACUGCAAAAAGGGGUGUGUGUCUUAUUUUACUCGGCAGCUGAGCUGAUGGGGUAGUAGUGAUGAAGGAUACUCUGUGGGAAGGAGGGGAAAUAUUUGGUACUUGGGUUACUGUUUAUUGCUGCACUAUGAAGGGUCUGGAAAACCUGCCAUUUUUAUUCAUCUCACUCACGAAACCCAAAAUCCCAUCCAUGACCUUUGCCCUCUUUAAGUCCUCCUCUUCCUGGAUGCCGUGUAACCCUUUUACCAAGUCUAAUGACUAGUCACCACAUUCAAAGUGCCAUUGCUCCAUUAUAUGAAGACGUGAAGGAAUGCAGCAAACUUGGUAAAGCUAAACAGAUGUGGGUCAGGUUCGUUCCUGAGUGGGAGACCAUCUAGGGAAGUGGAUAACAUUUAGGCAUCCAACCCCUGCUUAAAAACCUCCAAGGAGGAAGAGUCUUAUCACCUUCCAGGGGAGUCUCUUCCGCUAUCAAACAGCUCUUAACCAUCACAACGUUCUUCCUGAUGUUUAGUCAGAAUCCCCUUCUUUGUAACUUGAAUCCAUUGGUUUGAGUCCAACCCCCUGGAGCAGGAGAAAACAAGCUUGCUGAAUCUCAGGGCCACAAUUACCUCAAGGAUUGCCUCUGCCCAUAUAAACCAACUGGGAGUCUGUGAUACUCAUCUGAGGCCUUCUCCAUGAGAGGUCCAUGAGAGGGUGGCAACACAAAAGCAGGUCUUUUCUGCAGUGGCUCCCCACCUGUGGAAUGUUCUCCCCAGAGAUGUUUGCCUGGCACCUUCAUUAUACAUCUUUAGGCACCAGGCAAAAACAUUCCUAUUCAACCAUGCCUUUGGUUGAUAUUCUGCUGCCUUUAACAUGUGCUUAUGGGAGCGGGGGUUAUUGUUUUCUUUUUGUUCUAUUUAUUUGAGCUUUUAUCUUCUAUUUUCAUCUUGUGAACUGCACUGAGAUCUUUGGAUGAAACGUGGUAUAUAAAUGUAAUAAAUAACAAUAAUAAUAAUCUUCCAUGCGACAGCCCUUUAGAUAUUUGAAGAUGGCUAUCCCAUAUCUUCUCAGUCCUUGAACUUUGGUAAUGCCUUUUGCUUGGCUGUGAAAGGAUAGAGAGGCCCCAUGUAUAUGUUGGAAACUAGCCACCCGUGCAAAAGUAAAUGUGCAUUCAUUGUUCUAUCUACUUUUGCCUCUGGCCUCUUCUGUCACUGGCGUGUGUCCCCAGAAGGUUGCUAAAAAGGGACUGAAAAAAUGUUUACCACUGCAAUGUAUAGCAUGAAUUACCAAUCUGAGGUUUAUAUAACAGGGUUGCAAGGCUUACCCCUUAAUUUUUUACUGGUAUACUAGAUCCCUUUGGAAAUGUUGCUGUACUUGGCUCUCAAAAAAAUAUGAGUGGUAAUGCAGUCAUUUAGAUUCACUUGUCUGAAUGUGAUGCAGAUUACUAUGGAAUGAUUCCAUUAUAAGCAGGAUUCUCUUCUGUAUAAUUUUUAUUAUUACUUUUACUCCAGUUCCAUACUGAACAUUGCAGACAUGUAUGGGCUAGAGGGCCUAAGAGACGUAGCUAUAUAUGUUCUGAAAAGAGACUACUGCAACUUUUUUCACAAGGUGUGUUCCAAUGUUUAUUUUUUUCUAUUUUGACGAUAGCAAUAAAAGCCAAACGGCUCCAAAUUCUUGAUCAAAUCUUCAGUCUAGGUAUUGCAGGCCAGAGUGUUGAGUUGGAAAGCCCUCACUGUGUCUGCUUGGUAACCUUUUGUAAUUGAUAUGCUAGAAUUAUAAAUAGGAAUAAAAUGCAAAUUUUAAAAUGGAUUUAAAAGUUGCUUUAAGCAAUUCUGUGAAAGUGGAAUAAAAUGUUCCUUAAAUACGUGAAGUAGGUGUAAGAUCUAAAAAUUUUGUUGUUCAUGGAAACCAUUUUUUCAUCUAUAAAUCAGGUUGCAAAUUGUAUUAUGGCAAAUGUGCGGGAUAUUUUUUUAGAUUGGUGGUUUCCAUCUUGUUUCUUGGAAGUCUCUUAAGGUGUCCUCAAUGAGAAGAACAGUUGCAGUGGGCAAGCUUGCUUUGAAAGGCAAGACCCUUUGCCUACUGCUACUGAGCUUGAGUGCACUCUUAGUUCAUACUCUCAGUGUGAUGCAGUAGGCCUGGCUCUGGUGCUCCACAUGGGUUGAAUUCAAAAUCCUCCACAAUGCAUGGAGUUUCUGAGACAGACCUAGGUUAUAUUGGGGGGGGGGAUUUAUCAUUAGAAAACUUCCCCAGAAGUAGGAAGUUUGAAAACAUAUCAUUUUAAGAGAAGCAGUAAAGAUGCCCAGCUGCAGAAUGAAUAACGAACUGUUGAUUAUUAUUUUUUGAAGUCUGGAUCAGAGUGAUCCAGUUUGUACACACAAAUACAAGUGAUCUGUUUACUUGAAAGCAUUCCCUAUUGCAAUUAGCAACUUUCAUAUCUCUCAAAGGUUCUAAAAGUACAGUAAAUAUGCUUAUAUCUUUACAAUUUUAGCCUGUGCCUGGGAAGCACCAGCCUGUUAUCGAAUGUCUAGCUAUUGCCCAUUUGACAGGAGCAGAAAGCCUUUAUGAUGCUUGCAUGAAGUAAGUGAGUUAAACUGUUUUGAUUCUUUCUUUCUUUGCUUCAUCACUUUAAGUUUUGAGAAAACUGUUGAAAAACAGCAGGCGCAUAUCAUUUCUUAAACUCUCUGACUUGUAACGGGAAAAUACUUUGCAGCUGCUCACAUAUGUGACGGGACAUCUGAUGGAUUGAUUUGUCUAAGCACGAUAUUUCCUUUGAACAGGUGGAUGGUACAGCAUUUUGUAAGAUGUUGGUCAGAGAAGAGCUUUGCUAGCUUAUCCCCUGAGCUUCAGAAUAAUUGUCUUAGCAUGUUGAUAAACUCUUUGGUAAGUCUGUUUGCUUGCUUUCAAAUAAAAAAAGCAUUGACACUAAUACAGCUCACUACCUGCCUUGAUUUCACUUCAUGUACCGAAGUGACAGUUUUGUUUCAUUGUGUCUUAAGAUUUCCAGCCUUGGAUAAUAUAUAACCUCUAGUGGAAAGUGUGGCUAUUAGAAGACUUUUGAUACACCAUUUCCAAUUAGCAUAAUUUAAGUGGUGCUAACGUCAGCAUAAUUUAGGUAGCAAGUUUGCUGUUGGUUUGUGUAUUUAAAUGUUCUAAGCAAUCUUAUGAUGUUAAAAACAUAACACAUCAUUCAAAUAAGAAGUUUGAUUGAUCAUUAGGCUGUAACAUUUUUAUAUGUUGAAAUAGUGUAGAAACUACAUAUUCCGUGUAGUAUGUAUUGUUUUAUGUAUUGUAUUAUGUAUUGUUUUAAGAGUCCACAGAAUGCUGCCCAUCUUUUGAUGGAAGCCAACCGGCUGAUCGGGAGUCUUCCCCGAGUGAAGUGUACUGAAACAGCUCUUCUCUUGGCAUCUAGACUGCAAGAAGAGUGUGUAGCAUUUAUGGUGGCACAUUUCCCCGACGUAAUACAAAGCGAGAGCUUUUUUGCCCUGCUACAGGUAAAAAUCUAUCUGAUUGAUGCCAAUGUUAUAGCAAACGAUACCAUAGGCUGGGAUUAGUUGUCACUAGAAACUGGGCUUUCGAAGCAGUGAACGAUCUCUCCACCCGCCGAGAUAAAGUGGCUGCAGCUGCUUGGUUAUUUUUUAGGACGGGUUGCAAUGCUACAGUCUUAUAUGCACUUUACCUGGUAGUACAUCCCACUGAACUUAGUGGGGUUUGCUUCUGAGUAGAGAUAGGGUUGUGAUGUUAGGCACCCUUCUAUUUCAGCGGGCUUGUGAACUUUCAGUUAGUGUAGGGAUCACCAGUCUAGUGCCUGAGGACGCACAUGUGCCCCAGGAACCCCUUCCCCAUUGCAGUUAGUCUUGAAAGGGGCAUUCUGAUAUAGCCAGCAGAACAGGUUGUGGGGUGUUAUGGGUUGUGCGGGGUGGGCUUGGACAACAGCUUAUCUGAUUUGUGGAUGUGCCUCCUCUGGCCCCAGAGAAAUUGGUAACCCCUGGGUUAUGGAAUAAGUUGUUGAAAUUUAAGUUGGUGACUGUUCUCGUCUUGAAUUGUUGGUUUUGUUUUGUUUUCUGCACAGUCGUACCUUGGUUGUUGAACGCCUUGGUGCUCGGACGUUUUGGCUCCCAAAACGCCACAAACCAGGAAGUGAGUGUUCCGGUUUGUGAACGUUCUUGGGAACCCGAAUAUUCGACACGGCUUCAACGGCUUCCGAUCGGCUGCAGAAGCCGCGCUUUGGUUUCUGAACAUUUUGGAAGUCAAAUCGACUUCCGGAACAGAUUCCAUUCGACUUCCGAGAUACGACUGUAUUUAAUACUUUAUUAUUAUUUUGUUAUUUAUUAAAUUUGUAUACUGCCCUAUAACUGUAGGGCGGCUGACAACACAAAGUUACAAUGUAGGAAGUGCAAAAGACAUAAUAAAAAUAAAUAAAACAUAACAAAAGCAAUCAAGACAAUACACUCUCCAACAAAAGCCUCUAAACUUUCCAGCCCACAAACACAAAAAUCCAAAGUAACAUAUAAAAUUUAACAACAAUUUAAAGCAGCACCCACCCAAGUUAGAACCCCAUCGCUGUUAAAACAAUAAUUUUAUCACUUGUAAGCCAUUGUGCUAAGCAAAUAUGGCUCUACUUUAAAUCAGAUAACGGUGUUUGGGAGCUGCCUGGUUGGUGUUGACUUAGAACUUGUUCUCGUAUUCAGUGUGUUAUACGUAUUUCCUUAUGUUUUUCCUGUAAUGAACCAACAAUCUUGGUUAAAAAGUCAACCUGUCUCUGGACUUGGUGUUCACCUUGCACCUAAACCUCCUAUACAAGCUACAAAGCGUUUUGAGUUCAUUGGCAGUGGCAAAAAAAAAUGAAAGAAGCACAAAUACCUGAGCUUGCAUUUACACAAAAUGAGAUUGAAACAACCAGUUUCCCUGACAUUCUCUUUGUUUACCCAAGUUUUCCUGGGCUCUGGCUCUUAAUUGUUUUUUAUUUUCUACACUGCUCAGUUAUAUUUGUGAGCAUUUUGUUUUUCUCUUUUUUAAAAAAUCUUACUGUCUUUUCUGUUCAUGUCUCUAUGCAAACUGCUUAGAUUUUUAUUGUAUUAAAAUGUUAUCAAUAAAUAGAUGUGGACAUACCAACACUAGCCCCUGUAUCUUCAGGACUUUUGUCCAUGCUAGUUCUUCAUGCAGACAUCAUUUUUACACACCUGGAUAUAAAUGGCAUUGUUACCUGCUUGAGAUUCUCGAGGGCAUUUUGCUGGCCACUGUUUGAGAUAGUAUUAGAUUUCCGCCCCCCCUUCCAUCAUGGAGAUGGGGAAGUGUGACAAAAUAUAGCCUAAAUGACCAAUCUAAGAUCUGCCACCAAAAUGCAUUCUCUCUCUCUCUCUCAAUUUCAACUGACUGCUUCUAUAAUGUCUUCUAGUCUCAGGCCAUGAGCAGUGAACCUGACCUCCUUGAUCAAGUGUUUGAAGCAGUUGAGAAGGGUGUUGGCACUGAAAACAGUUGCAGUCUUCUUACAGCCAUGGACACUUUGCUAAAUUCUGCAAAAGUGAAGGACACGGUAGGUCUUACAAAAAUUUCAAAGGGAAAAAUAUUCUGCUGUUGAAAUCUGGCUAAUGAAUUAACUUCCUAAAAUAUUUACACUUUGUGCUCAUCCUUGGCUCAAGUGACUUGCUAUAAGUAGAACCUGCAACAAAACAUUGCUUAUGCUGUGUGCUCCUUUCGGGGUUCGUGCCGCCCAUCCUCUCUUCUGUUAAUAUGCUUAUUCAGUUUCUCGCUUCCUUUCCAUUUUUCCUCCAAUAGGAGCACCAAAUGCACCCGGUACUCACCAGGCUGUUUUCUAAAGUUUUGUUUUUGCCCUUCUGCAAACCGUGGCCCCAAUCCCCCAAGCCUGCUAACAACUCCCUCUUAUGUGUUAAUGCUGUUUUAGUCUGCUUAAGAAUUGGCACUCCAGGAACCGGUUUGCUGCUAGUACAUAGGAUGGGAGCUCUGUGUACAUGCUUCUUUCCCUCAGCCCCUUUUCUGUUCUGGCACAACAGUAUGUAAGCAUGUCCUUGUAAGUCUUGGAUGAAAUCAGUGGUUCUGCGAUCUUAAGGAAGCUCGCUUGCGAGUCAUUCUUCCUGUGCUGUUCCUCUGCAAAAUGGGUCUAGUUCAUUCAAAGGUGCUGCAGUGAAAAAUGUGCUGCAUUAUGAGGCUGCAGGUACAGAGUGGCUUGGUGCUUUCCACCUCUGUAGCUGCCAGUCUGCUCAAACGCUGUUUCGGGGGUUCCUUAACUUUCAAUAUAGGCUUCCUCUUUUAUUUAGAGAAACAUGAGUGGUUGUAUUAGAUAUUUGGAGGCAGGGGAGCCUGAAAAGUUCACAUAUACAUGGGGGACAUUCUAUGUAUCUUUCUGAAUCGCAGCCCAUGUCUUUGAGUUGGAGCAAGCAGCAAGGUAAUGGCUGUGUAAUUUGAAUGGACAAUUAAGUUAUCACAAUACCCAAAUUUAGAAGAUGAGGUCUUGUGGUGGUGGUGGUUUGGUUUGGGGUUGUUUUCCAACUUGGAGUCUGAAGUAUCACUCUUACGUUGGGAUGGGGAAUCACUCUUUAGCAUUUCUGUUGAAGAGGUAUGUACAGUAGCUGCUUGAGUAGCAUCCUUAAUCUUACUAGCUUCAUGUUGUGUUCCUUGGCAAAUGGAUUAGUAUAGUUUCUUUCCCCCUUGUUUUCAGGAAAAUGAAUGACUCGUAGAAGCUUGGGAAAUCCCAAAAUUCAGAAUUGCUUAUGUCUUACUGAUCCUGGGGUACAUCAGUGCAUGUUCACUUAAACCAGCCUUUCUCAACCUUUGGAUCCCCAGAUGUUGUUGAACUACAACUCCCAUCACCCCUAGCUAGCAAGGCCAGAGAUCAGGGAUGAUGGGAGUUGUAGUCCAACAACAUCUGGGGACCCACAGGUUGAGAACCACUGACUUAAACUUUAUAUCCCCUCACAUUUUAAUGUUUAGCACUACAAAUAUAUUAGUUGCAACCAAAUCAUCCUUUAGAUUCAGUGCCUAUUCAGCUCAGGGUUCAGAGUUGAACAUUUUUUUGUUGAACGAUCUCUAGUUGAACAGGGCUGGGGAAAAUAUCUAUGUAAGAUACUAGAGAGCUGGAUUUGAAACUCACAGCCAGGCCAAAUUGAAAGCAGCCGUUUAGAUGGACAAUUGACCUGACUUGGCAAGAAGUAGCUUCCUUUUAUUAAAAUAUGUUCCUUAUCCCUGAGAGCCUACAGGGAUCAGCAGCAGAAAAUAAAGUAUCCAGUUACUUGGUUAUUAAUUUAUUUGUCGCUGGUUCACACAAACCUUGACUUAGUAUGAAUCUGUGGGCUCCCAGAGAAGAGAAAGCAGUUUCUUUGCUCCUCCCCAGUCAUAUUUGUUGCCAUUGGCUGUCCAAACCUGGAUUUGUGGUUAAGCUCUCUCCAGACCUAACCACAAAAAACCUGUCAGUUUGGAGAGAGUUUUAACCACAAGCCCAGGUUCAGACAACACACUAAACCAAACCUUGGCUUUGUAGUAGCAAAAAACUCCCCCAGUGAGGAGUAAAGCAAAUGCAAGCUUUUCUCCAGGAGCCCGUGUGUUCAUGCUAAACUGCUUCUCCCAAUACGAUCUGAACUGGACCCUGCAAUUGUCAUAGGAGGCCCUUCUUUGUGUGCCUCCUCCACGAGACGUUUGGAGGGUGGCAGCAUGAGAACGGGCCUUCUCUGCAGUGGCUCCCUCAGUUUGUGGGCUGCUCUCCCCACUGAGGUUUGCCUCACAUCAUCAUCAUCAUCAUAUCUUUAGGCGCCAGGCAAAUACAUUCCUCUAUAACCAGGCCUUUGGUCUUUUAACUAUCUGUGGCCUUUUAGAUGUGGGCAGGGUGUUUUGAAUGUAUUUUUUCCUCUUAGUUUUAAUGUAUCUAUGUGGAGCUGGGAUUGUCUGUCUGUGUGGUUGCUUGCAAGUAGCUUCUGGUUGUCCUGGGCAAGAUAAAGCGACUGGAAAAUUUAAUAAAUUAAAUAAUAGAGCUAAAAACAAGGUGUGGCUUGCUGGGAUAUAUAAACCAGUCCACUGUAUACUUAGGACUGGAUGAAUGCAUUCGACAUUUAAAGAGACCAUCUUAUGCUAGUGAAGGCAAAGGUUAUUCAUAUAUUUCUUUGGAAUAUAUAUAUAUUUUAAAGAUUUUACAAGUAUUUGAUGAGACUACCGUGUUUUUGUGUAAAACACAAUUGUAAUUCUAAAAAUGAAUUUUAGCAAUGUCCUGGAUGUUGCCCGUUGAGCUGCCAGGGUUUAAAAUCUGACAUGAUGAGCUCUUGUAAACAGAAACCACAUAGAUUAUUCUGUAUGAUUGCAAUCCUCGUCUAUUGUUGACUUACUCAGCAAGGGUGAUGAAAAUUUAAUCAGAUGCAUUAUUGGCCCCCAGAGGAUUUGACCUUGUAGUGACAUAGCCGAGAGUAAAAAAGCUAUGAAGGGAUUCAUUUGUGGUGGGAAAAAAAAGAAAAAAGGGAGGGGGCUAUAUUUUUUAAUGAGCUACAGCUUUUGUGGGAGUGGCUUGGUUUCAAGCUGUGCAAAAUUAUGGUGCAGGACAAUUGGCCUUUGCAAAACCGCGUAUGCAUCUCUUCGGCAAUCAUAAAAUCUAAGUGAUGACAUCAUUGAUCUUGCUUAAAGAGUAAGUAGAUUCUGCAAAGGAAUAAUGACUGGUUGCUAUGACAAUGUGGCUCUUUCCAGCUGCUGAUUUUCUUACUUGGAACGCAGGGGUUUACGUGCAGGAUCCAGACUCUGCGUGAUAAGCUGUGGAUCUUCCUGGUUCAGUCGUUUUAUGCUGUUCGUCACACACAGAGCUGGAAGCUGCUGAAGGCAGACGAUCAACAGAACAUACAAGCAGGUAGGCGAGCUGUCGAGAGCUUAGCACGUUGCGUAACAGCUGUGCCCUUAUUAAAGAAAUGAGAGGAGCUGGCAAUUAAUGAUAGCUGGGAGAAUAUGUUGAUGAGCCUUCUGCUCUCAAAUAGCGCAUAAUAAUUUAACAAAAACGCUCCAAAUAUCCUGCUCUGCCAGCUUCAAGCAUGGAAGCCAAGUGAUUGUAUGUCCCUAUUGUGAACGACGCCGCUUGCAUGUUAUUACUGCAGAUAUGUGGAAUCAAAUAAAUAGGUAGGCUGUCUUUUGUUUGUACUUAGAAUAUUGAAAAAUGGGAUUUAUUUUAAGCACGUGGGCAGGGUAGAAAGAAUUCUAUACCAAGCUGAUGGCUGGUUUAGUACAUGUAGCAGAUGGAGGGUUUUAGUUUGCAUUCCAUACCAUGGAAAGCUUUAAUUUUGCCUAAUAACAGAUCCUGCUUACGGUCAACCUCACAAUUGAUAUGGUGCUGUUGUUGCUGCAGAAGAAUCUUCACGGAAGCUUCAUAGCGGCCGCUGAAAUGUAAGCAGCAGAAUUUGAGCCUUUAAACAAAAGGAGUCUUGCUGUGGCUCCUUUGCCUCCCCUUUGUUUUCAAAUGUAUGGAACAAAAUCUUGCAGAUGAGGUACCUGAAAAUGGCUUCAGGGCAAUGCUUCUGUAUUUGUGCUGUGGUCAUGUAGUUUCUUUAAUCAGGAAAGCAAGCUACAUAUUCAGGAUUACAGCAUUUUGCAAAGCAGUUGGGUGGCAAUAAACGAAUGUUUGAAAAACAGCAAUACCUCCUUGCUUGUAUUAAGAACAAUCUGGAUAAGCUAAAUUGUGGGGUGUUAUUUAAAGGCUGUAACUUCUGCUCCCCCCCCCUUCGUUUCCUGAUUAUCAGUGGCUCAAAGUCGUGUUGGGAAUAGAAUUGGUUUUGGAGAGUCAGACUCCAUCAUUCUAAAAAGUGCUUUAUAGUGUAAAAGUACUAGGUUCUAUAGAUGUGAGACAGUAACCAACCCUGUGUUUGCGAAGUUAGUGUUGUGCCUUCAGCCACUAAUGUGGUUUUGUGCUUUCAAAUAAUCUGCAGCAUUCAUUCUUGCAUUUUAAUUAUAAUAUCCUAAAAACAGAAAUAUGUCAUUAUUUGCAAUUGUAUGUAUUUGUAUAAGCAGAAACUGGACAUAUUUUCCUUUGGCAGCUAUUGGAAUGUUCACAUGAACUUUCAGAGAAGCAUAUAAUUUCAUUUAGGGAUUGCAGGAGACUGCAGGGUUUUGUUUUGUGUUUUUAAUGGCAGUAAUAAUAGGCUAAGAAAUAGAGAUAAGCUCUUCAGUUUAUGGGUUUCCAAUGGAACAACUCGUAUUUGUACUGAUGUGUUACGAUAUGUGUGUACACACACACACACACACACACAUAUAUAUAUAUAUAUAUAUAUAUAUAUAUAUAUAUAUAUGAUAGAGGCAUCCCUAAAAAUAAACCUCAUUAUGCCAUUUUCAGCCUCAUGGCUUUCCUUCUAGAACAGAGGUUCACCGAGGAACUAAAUGAACAAGGGUGUUUUUUGGGUGGUAAAAUUUACUCUUACAUGCAUAUUUUAUGAAAGCAAUAAUAUGUAUCUAGUGCAGUCAUUUUUAGAGUGGAUGGAGUGAAAUGCUUUACAGAAUCCAGGCACAUAAAUCUUGCUCCCUGGCAAAGGCUACUCUGAACCAAGUGCACUUCCUCUCAUGUUUGCAUCUGUCUAGUGUAGGUUACGUAAGCACUGCAGAAAUCUCACAUCUGGGAGCUUCAGCGAAGCAUGCUCUAUUUGGAAACUUCAUAUAUGAUGAGCUAUGUCGCCAGGCCAAAAAGGCUUGUGUGAUCACCUCAGAAUAACCAAAACAUAGCUUUGCUUACAGAGGAAAUACAGAUUCACAGUAAUUGUUCAAAACUACAGAAGUGAGAUAACAAGGAGGCACUUGUGUGUUAAAGGAAUGUCAUGGCCUACAAUAAAGUUGCCUACAGCUGCAAAUAAACCAACUCGUUCGUCAGAAUAAUUUGUGGCUCCAUUCUUUUCAAAAAUGGAACAAAUAUACAAUUUAAGGGAUCCUUUCUAGAACCUGCAUAUUUUCCUUCACUCUGCACUUCAGGUCAAAAACUGCUAUCAUUUCUUAAUUACUUGUGGUCUAAAAUGUGACUCCUUUCUCAAAUGCUGUCCUGUUUUACGUAAAGGUUAUUUUCCCUGAAGCUUCAUUCCUUUUCUCCAGUAUUUCUUUCUAAAGAAAGAUAUUCUUUUCUUAUACAGCUGCUUUUGAUAAAGGCGAUGAUAGAAGACCUACCAAAAAGCCCGUAUUCACUAGUUCUCAGGUAAAACUACUACAACAAAAAAUACCACAAGCUAGUAGUGUGUUAGCCAACUUCAUUUCCUUGUAAUUUUGACUGAGCUAAUAUACACCUAUGAUCAUCUUGACACUAUAUUUUUUUGUUUCUUUGGGUGGGGAGAGGGCAGGGUAAGUGAACUUUCCCAUUGAAGGAAGAGGUUGUUUUAGGAAUAGUCAAUACUCUCAACCCCAAAAGAAGCAGUUUGCAUUCUAUUUCUCCUUGUAGGCAUCUCUGAAAUGCUUUUUAAAAAAUAAAAGCAUAUUUUUUCCAUGUUGCAACACAAAUAGUGUCCUACCUAGUGAAUGGAGCUAUUCAGUUUAUUCAUCCCAUCAAAUAAAUACCCAGUGGACCUCCAUAUUUGGAGAGAUUUUUGUGAGAGAUUCCAACCCUAAAUAAGGGGGUGGUGAUGCAUACAGUCGUACCUUGGUUUUCGAACAGCUUAGUUCAUGAACAACUUGGAACUCGAACGUCGCAAACCCGGAAGUAAGCGUUCUGGUUUGCGAACUUUGCCUCGGAAGUUGAACGUCCGGUGAGGCUUCUGCAGCUUCCGAUUGGCUGCAAGGCGCUCCUGCAGCCAAUUGGAAGCCGAACCUUGGUUUCUGAAUGUUUCGGAAGUACUGGACUUCAUUUACAGGUACAUUUAGAAUCUGCAAAACUAGAAUCCUAGAAAAAUGCCCGUGCCAGGAGUGGGGGAAGGAUGGACUUCCAUUUCAAGGACUCUUUGAAGAUGCAUUGCAUCUCUGUGUUCUGUACAUGGAACAUCAGGCCUUCCAGUGUCUUCAGGGGAAGACUUACUUUAGUCUUCAAUGGUGUUCCUAGAGUUUUACUUUUACUUGCCUGAAGGAAUGUUUCCAGUUAUUUUUAUAUAUGGAAAAGCAAAAGAUAAACUGUAUGCUCCAGAAGAAUUAUGAUGUGAAGUGCUUUCUAGUCUCUGGUGACCCCAUCCACUGAGAAUGAAGCCUGUUCAAAUAUGUUCACCUCUGGCCCAAGUGCUGAGAAGUGACUUUUAUAUAAAUUACGGCACAAUUUUAUGCAUAUCUCAGAAGUCCGUCCCACCAUAUCCGAUGGAGCUUUCUCCUUAGGAAGCAAGCAUGCCAGCUUGCCCCUGCAGUUGAGGGGGCUGGCGCAGUGACGUCAGCAUGCCAUGUGACAUCGCGCAAUGUGUUGACAUGUUGCAGGCAUGCCGUGUGGUGUGCCGCACGAGUUGUGCGAUUAAGGUGAGCGUGUUGUGCGGCGUUUGUGUGCAGCCACUGGAAUUUUGAGGGGCCCUGGCCCCCUCCUUGAAAAUUUGGGGGGCCCUUACGCAACCUUAGAUGUUUAAACUAGCUGUUGUUUCUAAACCUCCGAAAUGGAGAUAAGAACGUUUUCUUCAAGUGUGGUUAGUUAAGACUCAUGCUGAACUAAAUAGCUAAGUUUUCAGAGUAAGUAACUGUGACUCUCCUACUGUUUUCCUUUCUUUUCUGAAUUAUCAUAUUUUUCUCCUCCCAGUUAAACAGAUGCACUACUGACAGUUCUGGUCUAAAGCAUCCUGCUUUGAAAGCAUACAGAAAGCAAAACAGUUGGGGUGGUUCCUGCACUAAUCAGGAUAAAAUGAAAUCUGAUGGAUUAGGAGCAUCUGGGCACACAUCGGCUACCAACAGGAACGGCACUAAUAAGGCUUUGAAACAUGACGAUUUAAAGGGGAAAGACAACAAAAAAGCCGUUUGCAAGAUGAUGAAAGAGUCCAAAAUGGGGGAGAAAACGCCUUCGCCCAAGGCUAGAGCUGUUAUAAAGCCCAAAACUGAAAAUAAUGGAAAUGCUAAGGCCGAAAGCUUGCUUACCAAACAGGAUUCCGAACGGUCUUUAUCCGCUAGCGGACACAAAAAUGUGGGAAGUGGCAAAGCCUCAAAAAAUCAAGAAGGUAAAACUGCAGGUGCUAGACCCAAAGUACUCCCUGGAAGCUCAAGUGUACAGAUUAAAGCAAAACCUUUGAAGAAGACCAGUGGAAAGGAAUCUCCCUCUCUUAUGGGCACAGAAACUCUAAGCAAGUCCACUAACUCCAGCACAGAUCUACGGAUGUCCAUUGAACAGCUCGAUGAACUGAAAGAGGAAAAAUUAACAGAUGAAGGCAAAAAGCACUCAGGUAAUAGAGAUUCCCUUUGGACCUGCCUCACAGAUCGUUCACUGCAAAACAGGGGAAAAAAUAUGUUAAAAAAUCACUUCUAAGUGGAUUGUGAUUUUUUUUAUUUGAUUUUUAUAAUUUAAUGUUUUGAUUGUAGAAAGGAAAUUUAGAUUGGUAAAAUAUGGACAGAUACAUAGCUAAUCCUUUGAAAAAUCUUCACAGAAUUUUGAACAGCUGUUUGAAGAUGAGGGUAAAAUAUAUUUAUUCCUUUGAGUAUUUUUUUACUUUACAUCUAAUACAUUUCAUUUAGCUGCCAUUACCUGGGGAUGUCAGCUAAAUUUGCAAUCAUAAGCUUAGGUUAUUUGAAUAGGAAGCAUUUGGAGCAACUGUGGAUAAUCAAGGUUCAUCUUUUGGGGAGGAAGUGGUUGAAGCUAAAAGAGUGUACAGUGGUGCCCCGCAAGACGAAUGCCUCGCAAGACGAAAAACCCGCUAGAUGAAAGGGUUUUCCGUUUUUCGAUGCGCUUCGCAAGACGAAUUUCCCUAUGGGCUUGCUUCACAAAACGAAAAAGUCUUGCGAAUCUUGCGAUUUUUUUCGCUCCCCCCCCUUUUUCUAAGCUGCUAAGCCGCUAAUAGCCUUUAAGCCACUAAGCCUUUAAUAGCUGCUAAACCGCUAAUAGCGCUAAUCCGCUAAGCCUCUAAUAGGGUUGCUUCGCAAGACGAAAAAACCGCUAGACGAAGAGACUCGCGGAACGGAUUAAUUUCGUCUUGCGAGGCACCACUGUAUUUAAACCAUGAGAUUUGAACUUUCCAGCAGAUGCUCAUUACAUGGGUCUCUUUACUGUCUAAUUCUAUUUUUAUUUUAUCAUACAGCUUUGAAAACAAAGCCUGCUUCGAAGAUGUCUAAUGGAGCUCCUGCUAAAAAACAUGUUAAUGAUCUUGAGGCUAAUGGUUCCAUGAACAGGUCUGUUGGAAGUUGGGCUACUAGUUUUUCCAUAUUAAUAGGAUUUUAUUUCCCUGUUGAAAAUGAGGUUCAUCAAGACAAAACAUUCUAAAACUUGUGUGUUUGUUCCAGGUUGUGUAUUCUGGUUUAUAUUUGGAUGAAGCAAGAAAUUAUAAUUAUUUUUGUUAUAUUCUCAGGACUUCGCAUCAUCCAACCAUUUCUUUCUGGCACCAUUCCCAUGCUUGCCACAAAAUUCUGCUUCCCAGAUUCCUUAGAGAAUUCAAGAGGACUAUGGGGAGAGAGUGCUCUCACAUUUGGGGAAGUUUUUUUAAUUAAAAAAAUGUGUUUUUCUUAUUGCUUGUUACACUCUCCCUACCUUAACACUGAUAAGCUCUCACCCUCUCCUAUGAGUCCUCAACAUGUGCCAGAGGAGUGGGAUUGGGGGCAACAGCCAGAAUUUGUGAACCCCAGAAUUCUAUAGAGUUUUGUUUCAUUGCUGCUUUAUACCUCAACCCCUCCCUAAAGAUCAUUUGAGACUCUCCAUUUUGCAACUGUAAAAUAAUAACAGGAUUCUGAGCUCUCUCAGUAAUGGAGAGACAAGCUAUAUAGUCAACAAGAGAUGUUGUUGCUUGUUAACAUCCUAUUUUCUCCCUUUUUAAUCUACUAUGACUUUUUUUUCUUAGAGGCAUUUUGUGCUUUUUCACAUAGAAACGCAUGUAGGGCAUGCAGAUGCUUCAGUAUCAUGUUAACCUUCUAGAUCUUUAAUCUUACAAAUAAUUCAAGCAGCGUGUUUCUGUUUUCAGUGUAAAGAAAUGCACUGGAAAGGGCAACAACGAACCCCUACCGCAGGCAGUUUUGAAGAAAAGGGGAAAUGAAUCUGGCAACUCUACCAUGCAACAGAAGACAAAAAACGUAGCUAACACUGUGAAAAAUCAAGGUAAAGAUUUGUCCUGUACGUGUAAUGCUGACUUUGUAUAAACCAUUUCCAAACUGGGAAUCUUUGUCAGAGAUGCAUGUGGUUAGAUGACUAAACUGCAAAGCUAGGCACCCUUUCUUGGAGUAAGCGCCAUUGAAUUAUACAGGUGUAACUUUCAAGGAACCAUGCAUUGUAUUGAAGUGUAAGUAAAACUCAGAUCCAUUUGGGGGCAUUCAUAGGAGUGCUGCUCAUCACUAAUUUGCAGGGGCCAUCUAAUUAAGUUACAAUGCCAUACCUUCUUUUAGUGGUAUGUGAGAAAUCAAUUUAUAGUUUUCAAAACUAACCAUGUGGCUAGUGUAAUUACAGAUCUCAAAUAUAGUGUAAUAAAUGCAGUCAUAAUACUGCAAAGACUUCUUUCCCUUUUAACGUAAUUAAUGAUGGCAGUGUUCUAAGUUUUAGCCUAGUGAUUGCUAGCUCUUGCCUGUUCCACAGUAUGGUUCUGGUUAGUAGUGAUGAUGCUUCCACAAAGGACAACUUUAAUCUUCUGUUCAUUUUUGGUCUAUUUGUGUUUGAGUGUCCUUUUGAAGUUCUUUUUGUAUGGAAAGUCCUGACACAGUUGACAUUCACUGCUCCUUCAUAUAAUACACUCUGCAAAUUGGAAUGUAGCGUAACCUUUAGAUUUUUGUUUCGGUAGGUCCACCAGGAGAGACCCCAAAUCUACUGAAGCCUGGACUUUCUCCUAAGCAAAAUGAAGAAAAAAACAUGACCCAAUAUCUAACUCAAUCAGAGAAGCAACCUUCAUCAAAGAAAAAGUCUAAAUCUCCACAGACAGCUUCAGUUAAAGCCACAGCAAAAAUAAUAAUAACAUCCAAAACCCAAAACCAUUCAAAGAAGAGUGAAAUGGUGAACAAUAAAGACCAAAAACAGAAAAUAGUUACAGGGCAACCUGCUCCAAAGCUUUCUUCUUCAAGCCAGAAGCAUUCCAGAAGUGAAUCACCAGUUCAGAAGAAUUUACAUGCAGAAGGGCAAAAAAAUUCAACUUCGUUGGGAACUCAGUUACAUAGCAGUAACAAAUCUAGCCCUGGGAAGAAGAACAACAGCAGAACAUCUUUGCUUGAGAUAGAUAAGAGGCACAUACCUGAUUCAGAAAAAGUGACCCCUCUUGAAGAGAGAGACACGAAAGGAAAUUUGGAACAUCAUUGUGUUGCAGAGCUGAAAACUGAAAAGAUAGCAAAACAGGUUCAUAAGAAUGAAGAUGAUAAAUCACUUGUAAACAAAACAACUGUACAAGAAUUGCAGCAUGUCCGAGAAGAGAAGGGUGUGACUUGUGCAAAUGUUAGCCAGAAUCCUGCAAUUUUAGCUUCUAAAGAAUUGAAGUGCAAAAUACUUCCUGAUUCUGUUGCCUACCAGAAUCUCUUGGAACAUACAGGAGAGAACCUUUUAACACAAGUAACAUCGGUCGGUUGCAAAUCUAAUGAUACCUCAAAGGAUGUUAACUAUCUUGAAGAUCCAUUGCACAGCUUGUCUGAAACAGCCAAUGACAGCUCUAACUCUGAACAUGAGGGGAGGAAAUCUUCUAAGGUCUGUAUAAUGGGUUCUGAAAGCGCCGAUGAAUUCUCUGAUAAAUCUGUCUUGACUGAAUCCCAAUCGGCUACCGUGGAAUCAGAUGCUGCUUCAAAAUCUUUUGUAGAGCAUGUUGCAGAAAAAUGCUCAUCUAAAGACACCGAUACCACAGAGACCCCAGAGAGCCAUGAGAACUCAGAGGCCCCCUUUGCAGAUCAUUGGAAUCUGAGUUCCAGCGCACUUGAUCCAAAAGAAAGCCCUGAAUCGGACACUGGCAGUGCAACGACAUCAUCCGACGAUAUAAAGCCAAGAUCGGAAGACUAUGAUGCAGGAGGAUCUCAGGAUGACGAGGGGUCAAAUGAAAGAGGGAUUUCAAAGUGCAGCACUAUGAUAUGCCAUGAUUUCCUUGGCAGAAGCAGCAGUGAUACAAGUACACCCGAAGAACUCAAAAUCUAUGACACAAGUCUGAGGAUAGAAGUGAAAAUGAAAAAGGAAAACUCUGAUCUCUUCCGUGUUAUUUCAACAAGUGAUGAUGAGAUCCCUAGAAAAAGGCCUGAAACGUGGCUGCACCAAGGUGAUGAGAAAAGGGGUGGUUCCAGGGGGAAUAAUGCUAAUUUUGCCGCUGCACAGUUUCCUCAAGAAGCUGAUCAGGUCUCCUCUUCGGCUGAUGAAACGGAAGAUGAAAAGUCUGAAACGGAAAACGUCAUAGAAAACCUGCCUCCACCAGAAAUCCCUGUUCAGCAGUUCCAUGGAAUUGUGAAUCUCGCAUUUGAAGAUGCAGCAGAAAAUGAUACUGAAAGUCAAGAAUUCCCUGCCACCAAAAACUUUAAGCGUUCAGUAUUGCUUUCAGUGGAUGAAUGUGAAGAAUUGGGAUCUGACGAUGGUGGAGAGGUCCACACCUCCCUCCAGCGUUCUCUGGAUGCUGCAACGCCUUCUGAUGUGUUUGAUGGCAUUUCCCAUGAGGAUCAUGGCAAGACAUUUUAUUCAAGAUACUCCUUGGAGAUAGAAGACGGAUUCCUGGAGUGUAAGGAGAAUGAUGAGGAAAGGUUAGAGAAAAGUGAGAAUGCUUCUGUAGACCCUUGUGGCAAUGAGCAAAAACCCAAGGAGAAGAGUACUCCAGUUAUGGAACAGAAGCCUGCCGAGAAAGAUUUGAUUGUGAGACAUAGUCCGUCUCCUGCAGAAGUUAAGGAAAACGCCAAGAGUGAAGAGAACAAUGAAUUUCAGUGUAAUAAAGUCUCAGACAAUGACACAAAAUCUCAAGGAAGACCAUGUCACCUGGAUCUUCAUCAAAGAGAUAAUACUGAGUUACAAAAGAACAAUUCUGCAAAACCUGUAGACCCAAGUAGGAGUCAUAUACUGAUUCAGGAAGGCCACGUGAAAGAGAUUGAUUCAGCAUCUACUGAAUACGCUAACUCUGCUUUAUCCGCAGGUAACGUACAGAAAUAAAAGCAUUAAGUUCCUCAAGAUAUUACGUAUUAGUGGAAUAUUAGAUUUAUAGUUGGGUUUGAGACACUAACUCUAGCAAAUACCUUUAGAAAUUUUAUCCAAACUGUUAUAGAAUUAAAUGCUUAUGUUUCAAACAAAAUCUUAAGUUGCAUACCAUAUUCUCGACCAUAAUAGAAUAUGUAUGACGCUGUCCAGUGGGCAGUUGGGAAUAUUUAUCAUGGGCAAAGCAGAGAGUGGGAUGCUGUUCCCUGCUCUUGAGUUCAUUUUUGACCCAAUAGAACAUAGGCAGUAUCAUCUUUUAAUGGAAACUUGGCUAUCCAUUGGUUCAGCAGCCUAUAUGAUUCACGUAAAUAUAUAUCUAUAUCUAUAUAUAUCUAUAUCAAAGUGGGAUGUGCAAUAAGUGCAUUAAUCUUCUCAAUUAAAAGUGCUCUGCGUAUUUGCCUUUUAAGAGCUAUAUUCAUUAUUGUUUCUGUCUUGCACAGAGCUAGGGUCUCCUCUUAAGCUGCUGUUGGAUUCAGUGGAACCCUUGCCAUUGGCUUCAGCAGAAGCUGGCCUAUACUCUUAAGAUACUUUUUCAGAAUUAUUGUAGUUCUAAGUUUUGCCAGUGAAAAAAUAAUUUCUUUUUAAAAAGAGAAAGGUCAGCUUUAAAACAAACAGUUAAUAUUUUAAACAUAUGCUUGCUUCACACGGUUAGGUAACUUCUUGUCUAGUUUUGUGUCUUCCUUAAAACAGGGAUUCAACUCGGUACCCCCAAAGUACAACACAGAGAACCUGAAUCUUUCAAACUUCUGUGUAUUUAAGAGUUAUAAACUGAUGAUUUGUGUUCUGAAGAACCAUACGAAUGGAUGACUUAUCAAGCUGUACUUCUUUUUGUUUGCUUGUCCUUGCUUGCAGCUGCCCUUUGCAUGUGCAAUACUUAAAUAUUAAGCCUGUGAAUAAACCAUUUGUUUUCGCCCCUUUGAGGUUGACUUGGCUUAAGUCACUGUUUGGUGAUCAUGUCCUUCCUUUCGUUUUCCCCUCCCUCGCUCUGCUCCUUCCUAUUUUAAGUUAUUAUUUUAGUGGUUUUAGAAAUCCAUGUGCAUUAAAUGUUGGUUUACAUGACUUGUCAUUUUCUGUAUCAGAAAUUUUUUCCAAUUAUGGAGGUUUAUUGUCAAUUGCCAGUGGUGAUUGCUGCUUUAUUUAUAAGCCGUACUUCGUUUCAUUUACUUUUUUAAAUGCAUUUUUAAAAAUGGCUCAAAUAUUUGUGGACUUUGUAUACAAGUUACAUUUUUCCUUACCUCUUUAAUCUGGUUGGAUUGGUCCUGAUGCAUUGAGUGAAGUAUGCUGUACAAAAGCCCUGCGAAAGGGGAAAGCCUGUGCAAUUUUUACAAUGUGUAGUAUUGUGAAUUAUUUCAGGAGACAUAGAUGAUUGUGACAGAUUGACACAAACCUGCAUGUAUGAGCAUCGGCCUCCAAAAACCCUUUCUCCAAUUUACGAGAUGGAUGUUGGAGAAGCUUUUGAGCAGAGGAUGGAGUCGGAACUGAACAUUCUAGAUGUGGAUUUUGAAGAUCAGCCGUUUGCAGAACAGGACUGGACUCUUCUCAGGCAACUGUUAUCUGACCAGGAGUCAAACUUAGACAUCAAAAACUCUGUUCCUGAAGACCUUAACUUAGCACAAUAUCUCAUCAACCAGACACUUUUUCUGGCACGAGACAGUUCACAACCUCAGGGUAAAGCACAGAUUGACACUUUCAGUAGGUGGACUGAACUGAUAUCUCCACUGGAUGAUUCUUCAGCAAGCAUCACAGUGGCAAGUUUUUCCUCUGAAGAUUGUUCUUCCCCUCAAGGGGAAUGGACAAUUCUUGAACUAGAAACCCAUCAUUGAAGUGAUCAAGUGUUUUGAGACAGGACUCCUCCCCUCUUCUUUUCCCUGUACCUCUGCAAGUAAAUAGGUGAUGCAAUAUUUCUAUACAAUAAUAAAUACUGCAUCCGUCAAGAAGAGUCAGUCCUUGAUAUUGAAAUGAUCCUUUCUUUAAGUGGUCCGUUUCUAAUUUAAGAUUUAAACACAGGUAAAAUAAACUUUUGAGAUUUAAGGUGGAUGUUUUCUAAAAACUAUUUUCAAGCAUGUCUUCUUUUCUUUCUCUUCCUAGACUUAGGAAAUUAGAUGCCCUGUAAGAAAAUGCUUUGACUUACUCUCUCCUUUUUUCAUUCAUCACUUACUCAUACAUUUCUAAAUGCUCAAUGAAUUAAAAUAUGAAUGCAGAAUAAGUAUUGCUAUCCUUUCUUCUUCCAUUGCUCUCCAUACAUAGUGACUUGGUGACUUCUUCAAAGAUAAGCGAUUCACAGUGAUUACAUCAAAAGAUGUGUGCCAACAGUACUUUCAAUUCUAGAAAUGUGUGUUUGGAUUUGCAGGAAAUAAUAAUAAUAAUGCAACUGUUUCUGAAUUUAUUUAUAAACAGCAGCAUGUUUGGGUUGUUUUCUCCAGGUUGAUUUUUUGUACCUUUUUUGUUUUUGAAAAUUCAAUAAAUUUCUAAAUUGUUUAAAUCUAAGAUUGCACAGGAGUUACUGGAAGGGAUACAUAGUGUUCUUUUUCUAGGAAGAAAUAAAUGUUUACAGUGUUGUUAAAUUGAAG